AACAACAGGAAGAUAAUCCUUAGCAUUUCCUCUCACCUGGGGAACAGUCUGUUUGUCUUCCUGUAGCCAUAGGGAAGGGAUAAGAGGGUCAAAAACACCACCUUUGACCCUAAACCAUGUAUUUUGUCAUCUAGAGGUAUAUUUUGGCUGACUUAUUUCAUGGCUGUUUUCUGCUUGAAUUGCAUCUGCAGUUUUAUGUAAGUAAACGAUUCUAUUUUUUUAAGUAUUCUUCCAAUACAGACUUCUGUGCUGUUGUUUUGUUUAGAGGGAUAAAUAAAAUAAAGGGGAAGAGCCAGCCUUCCUAAAGCAUCCUGAAUAAUAAUAAUAAUAAUAAUAAUAAUAAUAAUAAUAAUAAUAUAUUUAUACCCUGCCCAUCUGGCUGAGUUUCCCCAGCCACUCUGGGCAGCUCCCAACAGAAUAUUAAAAGCGCUAUAAAACACAACAGAAAGCUUUGUCCCAAGUUUCUGUGUUCAUGCUUUAAAGGGUGAUAUAUAUUUAACUCUGCUAAACUAGACACUCGUCCUACUCAAGCGAGCAAGAGGAAGGUUAAUUAAUACAUAAUGCAUCCUAUCUUACUUUCCAAAUCCAUCACAAGACAGGUAAGAUCAGAACUGGCACAAAAUCAUCAUUGCUAUUUCAAUUUAUAUCUAUCUCCCUUUCCUUCAGGGAACUCUAGCUGGCACACAUGGUUCUCCCUCUGUCCAUUUUGUCCUCACAACAGCCCUAGAAUAGAGUUGGAAGAGACCCCGAUGGUCAUCUAGUCCAACUCCCUGCAAUGCAGAAAUCUCAGCACGAAGGCUCCCAUCCAAUUUGAAACCAAAGUGGACCCUGCUUAGCUUUGCAAAUGUGCCAGCAGUUUUAUUGCUGCAUGAGUUAGGCUGAAAGAGUGUGCUUGGCCCAAGGUCACCCAGGGAGCUCCAUAGCGGAGUGAGGAUUCGAUCUCUGAUCUGCCAGGCUCAAGUCCAACAUACGAAUCACAACACCACACUGGCUUUCAGCUCCAGACCCCAAAGCUAACCAGAAGAUGCUUAUAUUUCCCCCUAGCAUUUAUCUCCUUUUCAGCCCAUUAAUGUUUGUAUUUUCCUCCUCUUCCUUUUUAGUGUGCAGGAGUUCCCAUACAAAUUAGGUAAUUUUGGGAGUUGUCACUUCUAGGCAGGGGUGAGAUGCUGUCGCUGCUAAAUUCAAUUCUCCUUCAGAACUAUUAACUGUACAGGAGCAACAUCCUUUUUGCAUUUAGUCUCUUGAAGGUUUUUGUUUGUUUAAAUUCUCUCUGCAUCUCUAUCUACUCUUAAAAAAACCUUUAAAAAUUUCUUAAUGUUGUGGCCAGUCUUAGGCCAGGACUUGACUCCCUCCUGGCUUCCGGGUAACUUGACAAUCAAUACUCAGGAACAAAUUGCACAGUGUUUUAUCCUCAGGAACCAAGGCUGCUGUUUUUGGCUGUCUCAGAAGGGGGAGAUGUAGUACAAGGAAUGUCGCUGUUGGAACAAAUUUUCCACUGCCAAGUGAAUUCUCUAAGGAUUUGGUUCAAACUCUGCUUUUUUUUGGUCCACAUGACCAGUUCUGGGUAGGCGCUCACAUGGACAAACAUAACAGAUUAACAUAGCAAUCAGAAAACCAGCAAGUCCUGUGGCUGCAAUAGCUUAGCAGCCAUAAUCAUAGAAGUGGCUUAUUUGUAACUUUGGGGUGGGGUGGAGUGCAGAGUAUAAUCUGGUGGUAUAAUCUACACCGUACAGCUGAGCUCUCCACAGGAACACCCACGGGCUUGGUUCACGUGAUCCUUCUCUUCCAAGGAUCACACAGAUGUGGGGGCUCUGUGUGUGUGAUCAGGUGCUCACAUGGAAUACCUGGUUCACGAAGGAGAGAUGCUUAUGGGAACGUAAUAAGCUGGUUUGUAUUGUUCGUUUGUUUAUUGGACUGGUUGGCUGCGUGUUACACUGAGGUUCCCAAGUGACUUGUGACACAUUUAAAAGUGUCAACAUAGAUAUGUUACAGUCAAACCUCUGUUCCCGAACGGCUCCAUUUUGGAAUGUUUUGGCUCCCAGAUGCCGAAAACCCGGACGUAAAUGCUCCGGUUUUUGAACAUUUUUCAGAAGCCGAACGUCCGACAUGGCUUCCAUUUGAGUGCAGGAAGCUCUUGCAGCCAAUUGGAAGCUGUGCCUCGGCUUUUAAACAUUUCAGAAGCCGAACGGAUUACGUUUGACAACCAAGGUUUGACUGUACAGUGGUACCUCGGGUUAAGAACUUAAUUCGUUCUGGAGAUCCGUUCUUAACCUGAAACUGUUCUUAACCUGAGGUACCACUUUAGCUAAUGGGGCCUCCCGAUGCUGCCGCGGCGCGAUUUCUGUUCUCAUCCUGAAGCAAAGUUCUUAACCCGAGGUACUAUUUCUGGGUUAGCGGAGUCUGUAACCUGAAGCGUCUGUAACCCAAGGUACCACUGUAUAAUAAUGACACAGUCAUACGAAACACUUGCAAUUCCAUAAAAAAUAUAUAAAAUGCAUCACCACCACAAGGAGCUUAGGUAGUGCACUAACAGCAAAGAUACUAGCACCAAGUCACUCCAUUGGGUCAUAGAAUCAUAGAAUUGUACAGCUGGAAGGGAACCCCAAAGGUCAUCUAGUCCAACUAGGAAUCUCAACUAAAGCAUCCAUGGCAGAUGGCCAUCCAACCUCUGUGUAAAAACAUCCAAGGAAAGAGUGUCCACCACCUCUCGUUGGAGUCUGUUCCACUGCCGAAGAGCACUGUCGGAAAGUUUUUUUUCUGAAAGUUUAGUUGGAAUCUCCUUUCUUCAGACUUGAAGCCACUGGUUCGAGUCCUACCCUCCAGAGCAGGAGAAAACACAAGUGUUCCCUCUUCCAUGUGACAGCCCUUGAGGAAUUUGAAGAUGAUUAUCAUAUCUCUUCUCAAUCUCCUCUUUUCCAGGCUAAACAUACCCAGCUCCUUCAACCAUUCCUCAUAAGGCUUUGUUUCAAGAGCCUUGAUCACUGAGUUCUGUAUUGUCAACACUGGCUGGCAACAGCUCUCCAGGAUUUCAGACAGGAGACAUUCCCAGCCCUGCAUGAAGAUGCUAAUGAUUGAACCCAGGAGCUUCUGCAUACAAGACAGAUGCUCUAUCCCUGAGCUAUGGCCCUUUCACUUUCCCUUCCACUUUCAACAUAUAAUUGUGUUGCCACCCCCAACCAAAUAUACAAAUGAGUGUUAUGUCACAUUAUGUCAGGCUUCAGGGAAUCAGCUUCCUCCCCCUUUGGCAGUAGAUAAGCAGAACCAGUUAGAAACGUUAAUGAUCACAGCGAGAGAACAAAGAAUCUAAUUCCUAGGAAUGGCGAUGCUCCCAAUUAAGGGUUUCACCCACUUCCUCCCUAGUCACCCCCGUCACCACCAUGUCUUGUACCCUGAGCUUGUAACCACUGUGCUGUCUGUGCUGCCACCUUAUCAGCUCUUCUUGACCUUGGGCUGAGUGGAUUAAUGCUUUCUAAACAGUGAAUCUGUUAACUCUCUCCCUCCCAGUUCUUCUCCUCCUAGCUGUUCCCCAUUCAGUAUUUCCCAGCUUCUGCCUUCUGAACUAUGUCCUUCUGCAAACCACUGUUCCAAAUCUACACUGUUCUCCUGUUCCUGGGACGAUUCAGGAUCCUGAUCAGGAGCAGGGGGAGGGGGAGGCUCCCACCAUUCUUCCUCAGUGCAGCCCUCCUCAGCUCAGUCCCUGACACAGUAACAUAUGACCAAGACAGACUAUGUUCCCACCUAGCACAAUAUUGACAACUUUGACUGCCUCAGUGUAGGUAUUUCACAAUAUCUGCUACCUGAUCCUUUUUAUGAAAGUUGGAGAUGUUUAAUCAAUAACCAUAUGCAAAUGUUAUGCAAAUUAUUUCAGAAUUUGCAUCUACACAUGUAGAUCAUCAUAAGCAGAUUUUAAUGCAAACUUAUUUUGCCCUCUUUUCCCUUUGGGGAGUCUCAUUUGCAUACAUGCAGAUUGACAUUGUGUGAAUGGGCACUCAGUCAAACGGUAAGAAACGUAAAAGCAGUUAGGGCUUUGAGCUGGAGCUCCUAUGCGAAAGGAUGACCCUCAGCUUCAGAGCAGACGAUGACGAACCAAUGAAUUUACAGAAAUGUCAGGAAGAAGGAGAAUGACAUAACCAAAACUUAUGCAGGGUGUGGGGGGGGGGGAAUGGGACUCCUGAACAUUACAGUGAUAAAAUAAGAAAAUCAUAUUUACAGAGAUGAAUAAUGAUCAAAGACUGAAGUGAAAUCAAACCGCAGAGCAGAGGGAGCGAGAGAAAACAGCAGGGGUGACACAGAGGACAGAGGGGGGGGGCUAUAUCUUUCCAGACGAACACCCUGAAUCAAAGUGAAAUGUACAACUAAUUCAAUCCACCCAAGAUGUUUCGGGGGCAGCUCAGAUGUGACGUCUCCUGCAAAGUUACUCCAGCUGCUCCACACACCGCCUUGCAAUUCUUGCCAGGGAGUGAAGAAUGGGCUGGCUGGAAACAAAGGGAAAAUAACCCCCAAAGAACCCUCCCAUGUCCAUAUAUAUCUAUCUGUAUCUGUAUCUGUAUCUGUAUCUGUAUCUGUGUAUCUGUAUCUGUAUCUGUAUCUGUAUCUGUAUCUGUAUCUGUAUCUGUAUCUGUAUCUGUAUCUGUAUCUGUAUCUGUAUCUGUAUCUAUAUCUACAUCUACAUCUACAUCUACAUCUACAUCUACAUCUACAUCUACAUCUACAUCUACAUCUACAUCUACAUCUACAUCUACAUCUACAUCUACAUCUACAUCUACAUCUACAUCUACAUCUACAUCUACCUCUACCUCUACCUCUACCUCUACCUCUACCUCUACCUCUAUCUAUAUGUAAACGGACCCCUGACAUUAGGUCUAGUCGUGGCCGACUCUGGGGUUGCGACGCUCAUCUCGCUUUAUUGGCCGAGGAAUCCGGCGUACAGCUUCCGGGUCAUGUGGCCAGCAUGACUAAGCCACUUCUGGCGAACCAGAGCAGCGCACGGAAAUGCCGUUUACCUUCCCGCCGGAAGGUACCUAUUUAUCUAGUUGCACUUUGACAUGCUUUUGAACUGCUAGGUUGGCAGAAGCAGGGACCGAGCAACGGGAGCUCACCCUGUUGCGGGGAUUCGAACCGCCGACCUUCUGAUCAGCAAGUCUAGGCUCUGUGGUUUAACUCACAGUUCCACCCAUGUCCCAUAUAUAUAUAUAUAUAUAUAUAUAUUGCAAUAAAUAAAUAAAACCAAAUGACUCAACCAAAUGAUAUUUUAAGGAAGCCAUUCUUAUUGGAAAGUAAGCCCCAUCAAGCACAGCAGGAUAGGGCUGGGGCACCUAACCAUCAUUCCUAACCAUAGUCUAUGCUGCUAGUGUAUGCUUGUAAAACGUGGACCACUUAUAAACACCAUCUCCAACUUCUUGAAAGAUUCCAUCAAUGGUGUCUCCGAAAAAAUUUACACAUCACCUGGGAAGACGGGCAAACUAAUGCCAGUAUCCUGGAAGAAGGAAAGAUCACCAGUGUUGAAGCGAUGAUUCUUCAACAUCAACUUCGUUGGACUGGUCAUGUUGUGCAGAUGCCUGUCUUCCAAAGCAGCUACUCUAUUCCGAUCUUGAAAAUGGAAAGUGUAAUGCUUUCAACAAAAGAGAAUUAAAGACUCUUUCAAGCCAAAUCUUUAAAAAUAUAGUAUAAACACCAACAACUGGGAAACACUGACUUGUGAGUGCUCCAAUUGGAGGACAGCCUUUACCAAAGGUGUCGUGGGCUUUGAAGAUGCUCAAACUCAGGGUGAGAGGGAGAAACAAACUAAAAGGAAGGCACGUUUGGCAAACCCUCACUGUGAUCAAUUCCUGUCUGGAAACCUAUGUCCCCACUGUGGAAGGACAUGUGGAUCCAGAACUGGCCUCCACAGUCACUUAUGGACUCACUUUUAAAACUGUGUUUAUGGAAGACAAUCUUACUUGGCUACUAGUGAUUGCCAAAGAAGGAAAAUUUGCUAGCAAUGGCACCAUUUCUCUGGGCCAGAAGUAUCCUUGCAGUUGUUGUUGCAUACAUAGUCUUUUCUGCUUCUUUUGUAUUUCUGAACCUAAAAUUCCUAAUAAAAAAGCUUCUGUUUUUUCCACAAAAGUUAUUUUAAACAUUCCCUCCCAACUCAUUAUAAAUCAUUUUCCAAUGUGCUUUCGUUAUCUUGCACAUCCACCACAUAUGGUAGAAUGUGCCCUCUUCAGAGAAUCAUUGUUUAAGUUCGCUGUGCAGAUAUUUGUCAUAUCUUGACACAGAAGGAUAUAUUUUUUAAUCGUGGCAGCUAGUGUUACCAUUUGAUGUGCUAGCUCGACGGCUUGUGCACAUAGUGGCUUGCACAUGUUGUUGUUGUUUAGUCGUUUAGACGUGUCCAACUCUUUGUGACCCCAUGGACCAGAGCACGCCAGGCACUCCUGUCUUCCACUGUGUCCUGCAGUUUGGUCAGACUCACGUUAGUAGCUUCAAGAACACUGUCCAACCAUCUCGUCCUCUGUCAUCCCCUUCUCCUUGUGCUCUCUAUCUUUCCCAACAUCAGGGUCUUUUCCAGGGAGUCUUCUCAUGAGGUGGCCAAAGUAUUGGAGCCUCAGCUUCAGGAUCUGUCCUUCCAGUGAGCACUCAGGGCUGAUUUCCUUCAGAAUAGAUAGGUUUGAUCUUGCAGUCCAUGGGACUCUCAAGAGUCUCCUCCCACUAUUUUGCAGUGUGCUCGGAGGGCACUAUGCCACCCAACACAUGAGUGCUCGGAAGGGUUGGGACUAGCUGGUAGAAUCAUGCCACACAGACCCCUGGCAUAGCUAGGAAUAUCUGCACAGAGCUGAAGCAGUUACUUCUCAAUGUGCACAUUCAGGACAUGUGGGUAAGCAGUCAUCUGCGGCAACUGGUGAGGAUUUUAACAGAUUGCCACAGCUGAAAGAUAGCUGAUGGCUCAGGGGAGUGUAGAAUGAAGACAACUUCCCACAACACCGGACUCACACCUCUGUAAGUUGCCACUUGGUAAAUGGCGUCCAUGUGACAUAAACUUGUUUGAGAACAACCGUUUCUCACAGCGAGAUUCAGAGCCAUUAAAUCUGCAAUCCUAGACACAUUUGCCUGGGAGUAAGUCGCAUUGCACUCAGUAGGGCUUACUUUUGAGUCGACACAUCAAAGAAUGUGCUGCAAGACUGGUGUUCUAAACAAAUUUAUUCUACACCCCACUGAAGACGAUGGGACUUACAGUACACUGGAGUCAAUGUGCCACAGCUUGCACUGUGAGUCUUGCGACAUUCCUCUCCCCCGUUACACGCAGCUUUUGGCAAUUUAGUUUUCCUCUUCACACAAAAAAAUUAUUGCUCACAUGAUGACAAUAUAGUCCAAUAGUUAUUACCUCUGAGGAAAAAAUCACCGCUGUUGUUAUUUUUUAAUAACGGUUAUUACCUGACAAAAUAAUAGCAAUGCCAUUUCCCCAACGGCGGUGUAAUUGUGGCAAAUGGUUUUUAAGGAAGCUCACGAUGAAUGACUGAGAGCCCAUCUAAGAGAGUGGAACAAAAGACUCUUUAAAGUACAAAGUAGGUGGGUUUGAAGAUUGUCAUAGGUAAAUAUAAUAUUAAUAAGCAUUAGGGAAGGCAUAAGAAUGCAGAAAUACCCCAGUGCCAAUCUGCAAAUCAAUAACUCGCCCACACUUUGGUUCCUAUGCCCAAUUCUAGCUGCCCCAAGUGACAAGGUUUGGAAAAGGCACAGUCAUUUCCAAUACAAAAUGGACCCAAUCUGGAAACCCAGCAUGCAUGUUAUUGUGUAGGACAGAGGUUUUCAACCUUUUUGGGUCCAUGGCUCCCUUGACCAACUAUAUUCUUUCUGCAGCACCCCUGUGGGGCUCAGGAGCCAGCAGCCCCUCCCCCCCUUUUGAAUACCCUCCCUUAUGGAGUGUUCCCUCAGCCUCCUCUCCUCUCCUUGAGAGUCCUCUGGGCAGCCUCAGCUGUCGCCCGUGGUCUGAGCUUCCCCUCUUCCCCAAAGAGAGGUGCCUCCCCACCCUGCCCUACAGGGGCCUGAGAAGCACCCCCUGGCCAGCCCCAGAGGCGCCAUUCCCCUGGGGAGCUUGUAGCCAAGGCUGCUGCAACAAACAGCUGUGCAAGCCUUGGGGGGGCAGAGAUGUGAGAGGACAUCAGAGGAAGGGAGGGAAGGAAAGAGGGACAGAGGCCAAUGUUGCCUGUGGCACCCCUGACCAUCAUUCAAGCCACCACAGGAUGCCACAACACACUGGUUGAAAACCAUUGGUGUAGGAAGAUCUCCCCUUUGACAGUCCUAUGACAGUCAAUGAGGGGGAAAGCACAGGAGAACUUGGGACCAAGUUUACUGGCAUUAAUUGUACUACCAGUGUGGUGUCGUGGUUAAGAGCAGUAGACUCGUAAUCUGGGGAACCGGGUUCGCGUCUCUGCUCCUCCACAUGCAGCUGCUGGGUGAUCUUGGGCUAGUCACACUUCUUUGAAGUCUCUCAGCCCCACUCACCUCACAGAGUGUUUGUUGUGGGGGAGGAAGGGAAAAGGAGAAUGUUAGCCGCUUUGAGACUCCUUCAGGUAGUGAUAAAGCGGGAUAUCAAAUCCAAACUCUUCUUCUACCAUCUUCAGAUUGUUUACUGGUUGCGUGUCCCAUGCGUUGGUCUUUCCAUGAUUUUUGCCCUGAAGCAAUGUCAGACGAAAUGGCCUAGAAUUGAGCUCAGUGGUGGAGAGAUGAAGAGCACACAGCAUGAGAUAAAAAUGUUUCCCACAUUGUUCUCUCUCCAGAUACAUCUAUAAUGGAUGCAACACACUCCAACUGUUCCUGUUUAUCGCCUUGGCUGGAAAAUAUCACUUUCUCUUGUCGAUGGAUCCUUCAGGUAAUUGAAUAAAGCUGAAUCAAUACUUCUUUCAUGCACACUCACUCACAUGUUUGUGUGGUUAUAAAUGGAGAAAAUUUCUUCCCAGACUUUUUUUCUUGCUCAAGAAACAACAACAACAGUAACAACUAUACCACCACCACCACCACCACCACAACAACAACUAUACUGCCCUAUACCCACAGGUCUCAGGGCAGUUCACAGGAUAAAAUUACAAUAUAAAAACCCAUUGAGAAAAUUAAUUUGGCAUUUGAUUUUAAUCAGCUUUGUCAUAUUGCCUGGAGAAGCAUUAUUUCCCAAAUCCAUGUACAGUGGCACCUCGGUUUUCAAACGUAAUCCGUUCCGGAAGACCAUUCAACUUCCGAAACGUUCGACAACUGGGGCCAAUGUGCGGUCGCCAAAUUCAACUCAGAAAAUUGAGAAAUGCGCCUCGGAAGCUGUUCGACUUCCAAGGCACGUUCGAAAACAAAAGCAUUUACUUCUGGGUUUUUGGCAUUCGAAAACCAAAACGUUCGGCUUCUGAGACGUUCAACAACCGAGGUACCAGUGUAAUUUAAUAUGCACACUAGGGAACAGAAGCCUCAUAUCUGCUUCAGAUGUCACAGAAAGAGCACUAGGUCAUCUGCAGGAUAGAGUCCAUGGUCCGACCACUGUGCACUUCUGCCCCCUAUUGCUUUCUUGGAGGUUCCACCCAGCACAUACAUAACCCAUAGAAAUCACUAUAAUCCGAUUUGUUCAGAACGUAAUGAUGUUGUUAAAAUAUUGCUUUGAAAACACCUGGAAAUGUGGCAGCUGAAGCCCCUUCAGAUGUGGCGCGGCCGGCCCUACUGUUAGGGAAAAUAUGGUGGAUGCUUCAGGCAGCAGACACUGGAGUGUGUGGAAGGGCAGUGGCAGCAGUCCCUUCUGAGUUAACUUCAGGCAUUCUCCUCUGUCGGAUGACAGGACAACCCCAAGCAGUUGUAGAGUCCCAUGGAUUGUGUGAGCAGCUUCAAGGAAUGAAAACUGUAGCCCCUCUGUUGAAAUUAGAGUGUGUCCAGUGCUGUUUUUUUAGGGGGGGAUGGGAUGCAGGGGUACACAUACUCCUAAACCAGGCAUGGCCAAACUUGGCCCUCCAGCUGUUUUGGGACUACAACUCCCAUCAUCCCUAGCUAACAGGACCUGUGGUCAGAGAUGAUGGGAAUUGUAGUCCCAAAACAGCUGGAGGGCCAAGUUUGGCCAUGCCUGCCCUAAACAUUUUAUGAAUCUAACGGUAGAAGAAACAAAAAUUUUAAAUUUUUUAGUUUCUUCUCUAGCAUGAUGAAUCGUCAGUUCCCUUGCUACCCCUGAUAGCGGCCUCAUUUCUUGUCAUGGUGUUUCCCGAGUCUCAGAUGGAAAUGAGCGUUUAAUGUGUGAAGUAGGAGUUGGAAUCUAGCAUGGUGAUUGGUCAGUUUUUUUGUGUUUACUGUAUUUAUUUUCCCCGAUUUGAACUAUAAAAUGGUGAUUUUCUUGAGUCAAAAUGAGAGUACCCCUAAACAUUUUUUUAGAAAGAAAAAAAAAAGAGCACUGAGUGUGGCUAUUUGCCAGGAAUUUCCCAAAGCAGGUUCUAGAAUUGUAUUGAAGCAAGGCAAAAACAGUUAAUUGAGACCUUUGGCACCCCAGUCAACAUGGCCAAUGGUUAGAAAUGACAGAAUUUGUACAGCAGCAACUUCUAGAAGGCCAAUGAUUCUCCUGCCUUGAUCUGGAGCAAACUCUCAGAACUAUUCCAAAAUAAGCAUUGCUUUAUUUGAAUUAAAAGGUAAAGGACCCCUGAAUGGUUAAGUCCAGUCAAAGGCAACUAUGGGGUUGCAGCGCUCAUCUUGCUUUCAGGCUGAGGGAGCCGACAUUUGUCCACAGACAGCUUUCUGGGUCAUGUGGCCAGCAGGACUAAACAGCUUCUGGCCCAAAGGGACACCGUGACAGAAACCAGAGUGUACGGAAACGCCGUUUACUUGAAUUAAGACACUUGGUGGUUUCCAUUAGCCAUAAGAACACCUAUAUGUUUUAUUUGUUCAACUGAGGCUGAGUACAAUACUUUUCGGAGGAUCAGACCUUGAACACUUUUGUCUUGCAUUACUGAAAAAUUAUUGGUGAUGUGAGUAAAGCACCAUUUUUGAGUGCUUUCGGACACAUUUGGAAACCACUUUGCCUGAAAGUGUAUUGAUGGAUGUGCUUGGGAGGGUUAUAUCUUGUUUUAGUCAAGUGGCAUUUUUGCUAGAUGACGGCUUGCAGUCUGUUUCAUAGCAGCCUUUAGACUUGACCCAGCUUCUAUUAUGUGUCAGUCAAGGUCCAGGCCUCAACCAGACAAAUAUUCAGUCACCAGUUGCUCCUCAGCUCAGUGGAUACGCUCUGUAAUUUUCAUUCAAUUGCUAUAAUUUGUGUGGAGAAAACCUACAUAUCUCCAAACUAUUUCUAUAAUGAACUUGAGCAUUUUAUGGUGAUGGUCAAGAAUAAUAAACAGAUAUUUUUGAAAGCCUGUUUGGAGAGCUUUCUUGCAGUAAUCAGUAAGAAUCUCUCAUUCCUAAAUACUCGUUGCUCUUUUUAUAGGACAGCAAAGUUGUCGUUGUGUUGUUGUUUUUUAAGUAUUGUAGUUUAUUAAACCUUCAGCAGUUGAAGAAAUGUGGUGAACUAUAAGGAAAACAACCAAGUUAGAAAAGGGGGAAGGAACUUGCAUCAGAAAGUUGUGCAACUAAAAAUUUAUGUGCUGUUACAAAUAUACAUUAUUUGGAUUCUUCUUUUCCAUUCUAAAAAAAUGCACCAUUCUGCCAUCUUGGAAAGGCCAGAAUUUGUUUUUUUAACAUUCAAAUAGCACUACAUAGUGACAGCACUACAAAACAAUAUAUUGUAUUCAUGAAAAGCUGCAAACAUUAAUACUGUACAUGUUCUCUUCUUUAUUCUCUUUUAGAUAGACAAGGGUAUUUGCCAUAAUUUUCUAUGUAAAUUGAGGAGCGGUUUUGUUAUUUAUUUAUUUAUUAUUAAUUUCUGUUUGUUUUUUGUUUUUUAUUAGUUUUAUGUUAUGACAAUAUGCAGCAAAAACAUUAUAUAUUAAAUAUCUUAUGUAAAAAAAAAAGCAAAACAAGUGAAAUAUAAAAUAACAGAAGGGGGGGGGGGAGAAAAUAUAUAUGAAAAGGAGUGAGGAACAGCAUAACAAAACCUCCAGAUUGCCAUGAAUAAAUUAACAGGAAAAAUAUCACCAUUUAUUUUGUCAUUCCAGAAAUGCAAAAACAAGACCCACCUCUCAACAAGUUUGUUUUCAGGAUUAUUAAAUAUUGUGUUUCUCUCAUAUGCAAGUUUUAUCAUUAAGAUAGUUUUCCUUAACCAAUCAAUUAUGGUAGGGGAUCUUCAUUUGUGUGCAAUAUAUACGGUGACCAUUUUGCAUGGGGGUUCUGUUCCUGUCUGCCCCCCCAAAAAAGUUGAUGGAGCGUGCGUAAGCCUGCUGCAAGGGAACUGGUUAUGUUCCCUUAAAUCCACUUCUGAUGUGCAAUUUAUGUUUUCGAACAGUUAAUACUAUUGCAUAGGCAAGGAAGGAGAUGCAUUUUGGAUCUGGCUGAGUUUCUCGAAGGCGCUCACGUCAAAGCCGCAAAAUGCUUAAUUCAGCUUUGCAGACCUCGCUGCAUCCCAGACUGUAUUACUUUUCAACUUCCAGCUGACUUGGUUAACCUUGUCCUUGCGCACGGAAGGGACCUCGCUGUCGUGCUCUGAUAUAGUGUGAGCUCAGAAAAUGCUUGUAACAACUGGCGGGCCUCCAGAACUGUUAAUGCGUUUGGCUGUGCUACCUGCUGUGUUUUUGGAAAGUGGGGGAACAGUAAAAUGAGGUUACGAAGCACAUCCUUUUGCAAACAGCCGGGAAAUAGUACUGGUCGAGUGGUUAGGUCACAUAGUAGAAUCUUUGAAGGCUGUGAGUUCCAACUGUUAAUUGGUUCCAAACAGCCCUAAUCUAUACAGUGAAAAUUAGACAUAUGGAUUGGUCUGGCUGCUGAAUAGGAUCCUAACCGCAUGCACCGUUUUUUUAUUUUAAAAAGUGUGGGUGUCAACAUAAAUAAUAGAAGUCAGAAUGCCUUACAGGCAGGUGGUUCUGCACAGGAAUUAGUUUGGACCUGCAUUUAUGCAUUUUGAUGAAGAUGGUGCUGCCGCUGAGAGAUUUGUUUUGUUGUUCCAGAGCACUGCUUCACCCCUUCCCUGAAGCAGUUGGGUUUUAUUGUAUUUAUUAUGAAUGCAGUGGGCAAUACUGGUCUUCUGGCAGCUUAUAGUGUAGCCUUAUGAGGCUUUGCCCCCGGGUGGGAAAAAUAUUGCGCCCGGGAAAGGGAAGUGGGAGCCAACAGACACUCAAGGAAUAGUUUCGGAGAAAAGGCUUUAUUUCUACCAUCCAUGAACUGGUAGAAGGAGCAAGUGUGAUAGUUCACAAAAAGCAUGCACGGGUUCACAGUCAUGUGCACAGAGCAUAUAUUCCCCUUCCAGUUCCCUCCCCCUUUCUCCUCCUUCUUCCAGAGUCCUGCCCAUGAGUUCCUCUGAGCAUGAACAGAAAGCUGUCUUGGGACUAUUGUGGACUCUUGGCACCCUUCCCAGGAAAGGGGAGUGAGAGAGCAGUUCAGCAUGUCCAAGAAGUUGCAACUAGAAUGAGAUAAGAUUCAGUUCUCAGGCCUGCUUUGAACAGAGCCUAUACAUUAGCUUUUUGAAGCCUUCUCGUGCUGAUAAAAGAAUAACAUUUUGCCUAUGUACCAGCAUCUUGUGAGAAUCCACAGAAAAGCUAUAGCUGUGGAUUUUUAGAAGACAAAAGGAAUUUUGGACAGUUUUGAGGCCUGGUGUGAUUAUUGAGUGGGGGGGGUGACUUCGGGCCUAGGUGGGGUCACCUGUCCUCACCUUCCUUCAAUAGUAGUUUAGUAGUAGUAGUAGUAGUAGUAGUAGUAAUAAUAAUAAUAAUAAUAAUAAUAAUAAUAUCCCACCCAUCAGAGUGGGUUGCCCCAGCUACUCUGGGCGGCUUCCAACAAACAACAACAACAAAUUACUUGUACCCCGCCCAUCUGGCCGGGCCUCCCCAGCCACUCUCGGUGGCUUCCAACAGAAUAUUAAAAACACAAUAAAAGAUCAAACAUUAAAAACUUCCCUAAACAGGGCUGCCUUCAGAUGUCCUCUAAAAGUCAGACAGUUGUUUAUUUCCUUGACAUCUGAUGGGAGGGUGUUCCACAGGGCGGGCGCCACUACCGAGAAGGCCCUCUGCCUGGUUCUCUGUAACCUCACUUCUCGCAGUGAGGGAACCGCCAGAAGGGCCUCGGCGCUGGACCUCAGUGUAAUAAAACAUGAAACAUUAAAAACGUCCCUAAAAGUUGUAUAGUACCAGGACUGCAUAGCCUUUCUUCUGAUCCCUCAGAGCCUGAUAUUGUUUUUUUCACAUAUACACACUAUGUAUGCUAUGCUUACUUUAUACUGGGCUGUACCUUAGUUGUAAUGAGUGGUGGGCGUGGGUGGGGGAGCUUGCAGAAGACAAUAGGGCUGGCCAUUUCCCCCCACAAUAAUUCUAGCACUGAUUGGCAGACCUAUUUGUAUUAGUUGAAAUACUUUGUAGAGAAUGUGGGAGUUCAGGCUAAUGGCAAGAAUGCCCAGGCUGCUUAGUGUGACUUCAAUAACAUUAGUCCUCCUUGAGUGCUAAUUUCUGUUUCAAAGUGCACAAAAGAAAUGUUAAAACGUUGCCCACGAGAGAUCAAACUGAUUAUGUCAAUACGUAAUCUGCUAAACAGCCCCUAUGUAUAUUUUUAACUUAGAAGAUUGGGAGAACAUAUCAAACGGAAGCCAUUAAAUGUGUCCUGAAAUACAGAAAAUGGCAAUAAAAUUUCUAGAAAAUAUUUGCUGCUUUGUACACGUGAAAUGGAUCUAGGGGGCUUAGUAGACCACAAGCUUAACACGAGUCAAUAGUGGGAUGCAGCAGCAAAAAACCUCCAACCUAAUGCUAUUCUAGGAGGCAUAGACAGAAGUACAGUGGUGCUUUGGGUUACAUACGCUGCAGGUUACAGACUCUGCUAACCCAGAAAUAGUACCUCGGGUUAAGAACUUUGCUUCAGGAUGAGAACAGAAAUCGUGCUCUGGCGGUGCGGCAGCAGCAGGAGGCCCCAUUAGCUGAAGUGGUGCUUCAGGUUAAGAACAGUUUCAGGUUAAGAAUGGACCUCCGGAAUGAAUUAAGUACCAUAUGUUCUAGCGUACAAGACGACUUUUUAUCCCUAGAAAAUCAGCCCAAAAGUCGGGGGUCGUCUUAUAAGCUGGGUAUACGCAUUGGGAAGGAGGAGAGGGAGCUGGUGAGCAGAGGCGCCCCUUCUGCCAUCGCUCCUCCCCCCUCCCCACAGAAGGGGACACAGAAAGUCCUUCCGAGUGUGGCGCUCGCCUGCCCACCCGCCAAACGCCUCGCCUUGGGAUGCUGCUGCUGCGAUGAAAGAGGCAGCGGAGGGGUGCGCGCUUUGCCCCUGGCGGCGCUCAAACUCUAUAACUCUAAAAUUGAACAGCAAAAGUUGGGGGGGUCGUCUUAUACGCCCAGUCGCCUAAUAUGCCGGAAUCUGCGGUACUUAACCCAAGGUACCACUGUAUAAUGUCUCUAUUCUGCUUUGGUCAGAUCACACCUGAAGUGCUGUGUCCAAUUCUGGGCACCACAAUUUAAGAAAGAUUUUGACAAGAAUGUGUGCAGAAGAGGGCAACCAAGAUGACCAAGGGUCUGGAAACCAAGCCUUAUCAGGAACAGUUGAGGGAACUGGCUAUGUUUAACCUGGAUAGGACACUGAGAGGAAAUAUGAUAGCCACCUUCAGAUAUCUAAAAGGUUGCCCCAUGGAAGAUGGAGCAAGCUUGUUUUCUCCUGCUCUGGAGUGUAGGACCUGAACCAACUUUUUCUGCUCACUGUGCUUCUGAAAUUAUAUUAUGUAUAGCCAUAUACCGUAUUUAUUGCUCUGUAAGACUCACUUUUUCCCUCCUAAAAAGUAAGGGGAAAUGUGUGUGCGUCUUAUGGAGCGAAUGCAGGCUGCGCAGCUAUCCCAGAAGCCAGAACAGCAAGAGGGAUUGCUGCUUUCACUGCACAGCGAUCCCUCUUGCUGUUCUGGCUUCUGAGAUUCAGAAUAUUUUUUUUCUUGUUUUCUUCCUCCAAAAACUAUGUGCGUCUUAUGGUCUGGUGCGUCUUACAGAGCAAAAAAUACGGUAUUCCAGUCACUUGUAAUCAGAAGCAAAAAUGUUGUUGCCCCUUUUCUUGGAAACCUCCCUUUUCCUCAAAAAAAGUGUGCACUUUUGUGAGUCUCCCUGAGAAUGUUUUAAAAACACCUCCUUUGCCCAGCCCUUGUAAUAAUAACAGUGUGGGAUUCUCUCUCUCUCUCUCUCUCAAGGCUUGAGACAGUUCCCAACCUUGGGACAAGCCUUUUUCCAAGGUGUGAGAAACUGGCGCAGGCUGAAGCAACCUUCUUCAGCUUGCUCACCAAUUACCCUGAGCACAGGUGCAUGUGCCUGUGUGAAAGAAGGUACCCUUGUUGAUGUGUAUAGCUCAGCUGGUGUGUACGCAGACUGUCCACUAACUGAAGGCUGCACGUGAAUCCAAGUGCAAGAGUACAGCUCCACUAUUUGUGCAGCUCAACAUAGCAGGAGCUGGUGUUUGUCCACAGACAACUUUCCAGGUCAUGUGGCCAGCGUGACUAAGCCAACACGGAACACCGUGACGGAAACCAGAGCAACGCACGGAAAUGCCGUUUACCUUCCCGCCGCAACUAUACCUAUUUAUCUACUUGCACUGGUGUGCUUUCGAACUGCUAGGUUGGCAGGAGCUGGGACAGAGCAAUGGGAGCUCACCCCGUCGUGGGGAUUCGAACAGCCGACCUUCCGAUCGGCAAGCCCAAGAGGCUCAGUAGUUUGGUCCCUGGCCCCACCUGAAUGGUGCAGCAAGACAUUUAAAAGAAUGAUGCAGCAGGGAGCGUUGCACCAUUUGGGUUUCAAUCCAGCAGCAUCGCAUCGGUGCUAGUAGGAGAUGCUUAAAAGUCCUCAAGCACUCCAACAAGCUGAUUUUAAAUUCCUCAAAGAAGAAACGGAGACGCCAACCACUGAUCAGUUAUAAGAUUUUUUCUUUUUAGAAUUCAAGCUUACACAGUAAUCUAUGCCCACUAUAGUCAUAAUUACAUAUUAAUAUCUGCAUACAAAAGCUAUGUAAAAAUUAUAUUCUUCCCCCAAAUAUACAAAUUUUCUCUUCAGAUAGUUUAAAACAUUUGUGAUCACAUAUUUUAAUAUAGCUUAGGCUGAAAAAAUAUUACCCAUCUAGCAUAUCACUUAACACUGUUUGGAAAACAGAACAGAACAGAACAAAACAAAACAUUUUUUUUUAAUAAUAAAAAAAGAUCCUAUUCCAGAAUUCUCCGUCUUUCAAAUAAAUUCAUGUAACUUCAAACAGCCUCAGGGCAUGACUCCAAAACACAGAAAGGGCAACUCUAAAACCCACCAGAAUCUUUCCUAAUUUUAUUUUGUAAAGAAUAUAGUAUUAUAUUGGGGGGAAUGAAGCCAUUUUGAGGAAUUUAAAAUUAAGAACAUAAAGAAACAAGAGGGGAAAUUACUCAUUCAUGCCCUGAUAUGAUCUUAUCCAACACUAGUGUAAUUAAAUAAAGUGUCUUUUUAAUGUUUAACAUUGUGCUCAGUAAUUUACAUCAAUUCAAUCCACACCGCGAUGUAGAUUUACAUUUGAUUGUCUUGUGCAUAAAUAAGGGUUCGCUUUUAAAAGUUAGGUAAACUGUGCAAAUAGACAGUCACAAACAGCUUAUUACUUGCACAAUAUUGCUUUUGAAGGCGACAUCGUUGAAUGUGGAUCAAUACACACAAGCAAUGCAGACUCUCUUUGCAUUUGCUAACAUUUAUACAACACAGUAAAAACUUUGUGAGAAAAGGCCAUACCUUUUUUGUCAUUGUGAUUUUUUAAACUUUAUUUUUUUAAAAAGCAACAUUAUUUUUGUUUUUAAAAUAAAUGUGCUCGCUUUGUUUUAAAUAUUUUACGUGGAAAAUAAACCUCUACCGCUCUAGGAUAUCGUGUCUCUAUAAAAAUUUAUAUAAGGGUCAUAUCGUAGUAGUAUCAAAAGGGAGUAUCUGAUAAAUCUAGUUAUUUGAAUAAAGUUACAAUAAUAACAGGACAAACCAAAACUUCUCGCAUAGGUCUUUGCUGUCUCCAGAGUUGCAAAAAGGCAGGCGAAGAAAACUUGCUUGUUAACGUAGCACAUCUCAGGGCACAGUGUCUUUGCAAUGUUUGUCUCCCAAACCUCUCAACGACCGUGCGAGGCAAGGGGCAAUUCUGGAAUAUAAGGCUGAGAGACAAGUGACUUGCCCAAGGUCACCCAGUAGGUCCUUAGCAGAGCGGGAAAAUGUUGGUGAACCAAACAGUCUAAAAUUCUUAUCACCUAGAUGAGGGACCGAGAAACUUCAGCCUUUCGCUUGUGGAUGGACUCCAGCUCCCAUUGUUCUUGACCACUGGCUGUGCUCUCUGAGGCUACUGGGAGCUGGAGUCCGUGAACGUCAGGAAAGCCAAAGAUUCCCCAGCCCUGACCUAGACCAAACUGACUUUUUCAAACAAAGCAAAAAAUGGAUGCGUCUUCCCUGGUUUUGAUUCUCAUUGCUGACAGUGGGGGAAAGGGUUAGCCUUGCAAGCUAUUUCUGAAAACCAUAAGACUGGUUGGUUUUGCUUAUGAUUUAUGCAGCGAGAAGAAGUCCGUAUGACACCUACAAGUUAAGAGUUCCAUAGCAUAAAGAUAACAUCACUAGCAAUGACACGCUCCUCUUGCAGUCAGUAGCUUUGUCCAGGCAGAUUCCGGAAGAGUAAUCUUCCUUCCAAUCCCGUUUUGAUUUUGCUUCUCCUUUUCUGUGCUCCGCUCUGCGAUGGAGUGAUUAUUUAGCACAAAGAUAAAAUCACAAAUGUCCAAUGUCUAAAUUCCGACAUCUGUAUUUUGGCACAGUGUUGUUACUUUUAAGAAACUGCUAUCUCACCAUAUAAAUACAUUGUCAAGAAAUUACAGAACUCAGUUGCAACACAAACCCAGUGCAGCUUAAACAUCUGUUUGUUUAGAGCAAGAAAUAGUAAAGAUGACACUUUUUUUUUAAUAAGGAGUUUUUUUUCAUAUAGAGAACACUCCACUUGCUACUAUACCUAGAGCAGAAAGCAAAAUUGAGAGCCAUGUGGCACUGUCAACAAGCAGAAAUAAACGCUGUGCAGUGUAAAAAAUCAUCUUUGUUGUGUUCUGCCAAAAGGCUCAAUCCACACAGAAAAAAAUACUGGGUGUAGGAUUUGCCACUAUGAGUAGUCGGUUCUGAAAUCUACCCAAGACGCUGGCCAUGAUUUGACAAAACCUUAUAGUUUACCAACCUUGGCAGGACUGAGGACUAUGUUCAUUUUUUAAAAAAAUACCCCACACAUAUUUAAACAAACUAAGGACUCAAACAUAGGUCCCAAUUCUGCUCUCUCUCCCUGGUGUAAAUGAACAGUGAAAUCGCUGAAAAGCCUGUGGAGCUACAAAUGUAAAAAACCAGAGUGACUGAAAUAAGGAUUUAACACCCUUACAUUUUGCUAGACCGUCUCCGAAGUACAAAAUGGCUAUUGAGUUGUGACUGAUGACUUGAUGGUAACUUAGUGAAUUGGGCUGCACUUACCUAGUGAGUCCCAUUGAAUUAAGUAGGACUUACUUCUGAGUAGACAUGCUUAAGAGUUGCAGCCUUAAGUGUCUCUGAAGCAUAGUGUGCAUUGCUAACCAACUACCACUUAACAUUUUUGUCUAAAAGGUGCUUUAGAAUACUGAGUAAUAAAGAACUAGUGACCUAUGAUGUUGGACAGUAGUCCUAAAGUGCCACCUGCAGCUCUGUGCCUCCCGUUCUCAUCCAUGAUGGGAAAUGCUUCAUAUGAACAGAGAGAUUCCUUGUUGCAAAUGGCGGAAAGGGUGUUCCUCAGCCCUUAGAAAACAAUGGGAAAGUUGUGGAGCUGGAUGUGCAAUGGGGCCAGUUGGCUGGGCUGGAAGGCUUCUUCUCUCUGGCAGAAGAUGCUUUUCCUCCACUGCAAAGGAACCUUUGGGUACAUCCCUUCAGUGUGUGAUGAUUAUUUUUGUUUGGAGAAAGUAUUAAAAGUCAGAUUGGGACUUUGGGCCAGAGUAGGUGAGCCCCAGUGCUUUUCCUGGUAAAAAAAUGUUCAGCGGUACUCUCAUUUUGACUCAAGAAAAUCACCAUUUUAUAGUUCAAAUCGGGAAAAAUAAAUACAGUAAUUGGACAAAAGUACAAAGGUUCACAAAACGUUUAGGGGUAUGCGUACCCCUGCGUACUGCCAGGAAAAAAGCACUGGUGAGCCCCAUAAAUUGAUGUUCCUUAUCUUUCAGGCUGUAAGCCUGUACCUACUUGACAUAAGAGCAGGGGCCACCAAACUGAAUGGGACUUGCUGGCGAGUAAACAUGCAUAUGAUUUCAGCAUUAAUUUAUUAGUGGGCUGGGAGGGGCUGGAAGGCAGAAAAUGUGAGCAGGGUCACGUUUUACCCUGCACCCUGACCUAAAACUGGCUACCCACAAGCCGCUGCUUGCUUAUGGAAAAUGUGCAUACUGUACAGUAAAACCUCGGUUGUCGAACGUAUUCCAUUCCGGAAUUCCGUUUGGCUUCCGAAACAUUCAACAACCGAGGCGUGGCUUCCGGUUGGCUGCAAGAGCUUCUUGCACUCAAGCGGGAGCCGCGACGGAUGUUCGGCUUCCGAAAAAUGUUAAAAAACCAGAACACUUACUUCUGAGUUUUUGGCGUUCGGGAGCCGAAACGUCUGAUAAUGGAGGUGUUCGGGAACCGAGGUUUGACUGUCCUAAUAUAUUUUCCCUUAUUGCCCACUAGGACGAAGAGGGUGAAAGGCAGGAAGCCAGCAGUAGGCAGAGCAAGAGCCAAUGACAGGUGGAGCCAACUAAUUUUGGUUUUGUCCCCAUCCUCCUCCCUGCUGACUCUCCCUACAAGGCGGACUUGUAGGAGCCUAAGGUGGAGGAAGCAAGUAGCCGAGACCAGCCCCUGGACCGGUUGUAAGACAGAAGACAUGAGGUCUUCUUGGAGGAACUGAGAUUGAUGGGGCAGACGUCCCAUUUGGUAAUGGAGCAGCUUCCAUGGCUAAUGGCUCAAGCAAGAACUGGGAACUGGGAUUUUGAUCAAGAAAAUGCCAAAUGGUUCUCAUCUUAUUACCCUGGGGCUACUUUUAAAAGAUGGGAAGGGAGACAGUUGUCUUUGUGUGUCUGGGGCGCUGAAGCCUUUCAAGAAAAACAGCUCUUGACUAAAUGGCUUUAAGGAUGCACCCAGACCCAACAGCCUUGCCAUAUUUCAUUUCACGUUACUCAUUUGUUCCCUAUUAAUCCAGUUUUAAAAUUUACAUGUUUCCUCCGCAUGCAGGGUUCUCUGAAUUGGGGACUCGAGUCUUCGAAAUUUAUAUUAAGCAACACUGAAUUCAGAUAAUUAUGCCACACAUUCCCCACAUGCGCUUGAUGAUAUGUGCUGAGAAAUGGGAAGAAACAGGGAAACUUCCAAGACAGGACUGUGAAGUGCCUGCAUUUCUGAUAUCAUCAACUGCCCAGUUUAGCAUCUGCUAAAAGAAUUUGGCAAGGCCAAGGAGGAGUUGGGGCAUCACGAUGGAAAUUCAGCAUAAAUGCUUGGUUCUGUAGGGUUAGGGAGGGUACAAGUCCUAUGGCCAAAUUUGGCCCUCCAGAUGUUUUAGGACUACAAUACCCAUCAUCCCUGACCACUGGUCCUGUGUGCUAGGGAUCAUGGGACUUGUAGUCCCAAAACAUCUGGAGGGCCAAGUAUGGCCAUGCCUGAUGUACCAAUCAUGGGUGGCUUUCCGCUUUACUAACAGUGCAAUGCUAUACAUGUCUACUCAAAAGUAAGUCCUAUUGCAUUCAGUGGGGCUUACUCCAGGUAACUGGGCACAGGAUUGCAGCCUGAGGUUAUGUUUUGUAUAAAAUAUGCCAGGAAAGGUUUACAGACCAUGGGAGGCAAUAAUCAUGAGGAAGUUAUCAGCAACCCAUGGUCUGGAGGACACCUUAAGUACUCCUCACCCACAUCCAUUUCCAUAGUCCUUGCAAGCAAGAUGGAUGUUUGUGUAGAUUGAACUGCAGCACUUUCAAACUCCAUUUAUCUCCUUAUUAAGUAAGCUGACGAGGGCCAGUUCCAACUUGCGAUGUAUUUGCCUGUAAUAUUUGUAAAGCAGGUAUUUGACAAGACACAUUUAUCUGGGCAGAUGGUUGAUCUAUUUUGAAUUUGUUCAUCUUUUGGAGAAAAAAAAAUUCCCUGAGUUGAUCCAAUUGAAUUUUUGGAUAAGCAUUUUCAAAUGACUUAAGCUGGUGAAAGAGACCAGAUGAAGCUUACUUUGAAACUUUGCAUAUUCUUCCGCUAGCAGAAGCUUGUGAAACAAAAGGCAUCACAAAAGCUAGCAAUUGUCUCUUUUAUGGCAACAACCGUCCCCCUGGAGACAGGUGAUAUUAGGUUCUGUAGACAUAUCUGGCACCCGAGAGAAUAAACACUUUCCACUAUGGAUGUGGUUUAUUACUCUUGCAGUAAUAACUUUUGUAAUGACUUUUGUUUUGCAGUAGUUAAAAAACAAAAGGAGUCAACAUGAUGCCUUUGUUUCUUCUGUGACUGUUUAGGAGCCUCUCAUCCCCCCCCCCCCAUUCAUAUAGACUGUGAAAAAUAUAUACGGCAUGUUUAGGCAUUUGCUAACAUGGAUCACAACCUAACCUAAGUCAUUGAAAUCAGUGAGUUUAAGCACACCUAACUCUGUACUGGAUUGCGGGGCCAUGGACUUGAUGUCCACUACGUGAUGACACAGUUUGGUGCAUGAGCACUCAAAAGACUUCCUUUGCUAAUGGAAUGAAGCAUGGCUGAAAAGAACUCUACCGUUCUCGUUUUGUCCACAGUGAAAGUCUUCCUGAGUACAGAAUUUUUCCAGAGUAUACAAUGGUGCUCUGGGUCUAGACUUCUAGCGAUUGUUCUGGGCCAACAUGGCUCCCAAGGGUUUGUGGAAUUGUCUUCUUCUUGCAACAGAAGACGUAACACAUGCUGCUUCUGGAACUGAUGUUGAUUGAUUGCCAAAGCAGUUUGCUAUGUGGCGUGGGAACUGCUGUUUCAGAAGUCCAGGCACUAAGCCCUGCUGGCUGCGGCACGGACUAGAUUCACGUUUCCUGGGGUCCUUGCCCCGGGUUACAGUCACUAUGAGAGUGAUUGUAGACAGGCAGUGAAAGGGUCUAUCGCCUUUGUUACUUACUGAUAUGUGAAUGCACAGGGUAGUAUGGAAGGAUUCAAAAAGCGUACUUUGAGAAUAAGCCUAACAGGGAAAUGAAAAGAAAAGGGGGGGAAAGGGAAGGGCUUGCCUGAUGCAUCAUGUAAAAAAUGAGAGCAGUUCACAGCAAAUAAGUUAGAUGUACCAGGAACUGCAUUUCUGGUCUGUUUAAAUAUCACCAUCAGAACAGCCCCACAUGCACUGAUUCUGGAUUAACAGAAUACAGCAGCAGAAGAGCUUGUCCUGCACAGUUUGGUACUAAUCUAUCAGAGGAAAAGAAUUGUUUUCAGGGAAGGGGGAGAAAAAAGGAAAAUCAAGUCUAAAAUGCAACCCAUUAUCUUAACUAGGGAAAAGGAUGAAGUAUAAAGGGCUUGGUUGGCGUAACUUUUAAAGCUGUUUUCCCUUUAUGGUCAGUUUUAUACAGAUUUCUAUAUAAGGAGAGACAGUAGUCAUUUCAAAUACUCUGUGGUCACAUCUAUACCACACAUUAAAAGCACACGGCUUUCCCCAAAGUAUCCUGGAAGUGAAAUUUACCUCUUGCAGAGCUGCAAUUCCUAGCACGCUUAACAAACUACAGUUCCCAGGAUUCUUCAGAGGAAGCCACGUGGAUUAAAUACACGGUGUGGAUGUGACUCGUGAAUUUAGCCCACCCCUGCAAAUGAUUUUUGAAUCUGGGUCUCAGAAAAGCAUUCAGACAACCCAUUUUCACCUCAAGAUUCCACCCACAAUGUCAAAAAGGCCACUAGGAAUGGAUAGCAAGUCCCUACUGUGGUUGUGGGAAUGGUCAUUAAAUUGCUAGAAUGAAGUUGUAGAGUCUUAAGUACAAAUAUAACAAAUGCAUUUGUACUUUAGGGCUAUGUCAAUUUCUCUUGCCUGCGUUUCCGGGAGUAGCCAACAUGGCCCCUUCUAGAUGUCACGGACUCCAGUUCCCAUCAUCCCUGACCAGUGGCCAUGUUUGCUGGGGCUGAUGAGAGUUGUGAUCCACAACAACUGGGUGCCACCAUGUGGGCUGCCCCUGAUUUAUAUGCUUGAGCUUUCAGAGCAAUUCUGACUCUUCCUUUAAAUUCUCCCAAUCCAGAGUCGCAGAAGUCAUCAGACAUGCGGAAAGUGCUUGCGCACACUCAGAAAUGCCUUAUUCAAAUCUUGUGUGUGCCUAUGGGUUUUCUGCAUCUAUAGAAAUUAAUGAGGUAGCCCUUGCAGCGGUGAUGGGGAAGCUGUGCUCUCCAUUUGCCGCUGGGUGCCAACUCCUAUCAGCUCCAGCCACCAUGGCCAAGGGUCUUCGGGAGGACAACCACAAGUUCCCCAUCCUCAUUUUACAGGGGGAUAUUUUUGGUGUGCCUAUCAGAGUUCCUGCACUCAUAAGAAAUGAAUGGAUCAAGCCCAAAACUAUCAGGUUUCUCCAGCUCCUCCCUAAAAGCCUGGAUGAUUAAUACAGUCGUACCUUGGUUGUCGAACAGAAUCCGUUCCAGAAGUCCAUUCGACUUCCAGAAAUGUUUGAAAACCAAGGCACGGCUUCCGAUUAAUAAUAAUAAUAAUAAUAAUAAUUUAUUAUUUAUACCCCGCCCAUCUGGGGUAUAAAUUGGCUGCAGGAGCUUCCUGCACUCAAUCAGAAGCUGCAGAAGCCCCGUCGGACGUUCAGGUUCCAAAGAACGUUUGCAAACCGGAAUACUCACUUCCGUCCGGGUUUGCGGCGUUUGGGAGCCAAAACAUUUGAGAACUAAGCUGUUCGAAAACCAGGGUACGACCAUAUAGCAAUUUCCCCUAUUUAGCAACAUGAAGCCAAAUUUGUUUUAGAAGACUUGGGGCAAUGUAGGUUCCAAAUGUCAGUUCUUAUUCUAGCAGGUGUGACUUUCAUUCACACAUCCCAAUAAAAUAUGGAAAAUAGAAACAAACGAAGGACUUUCUGCACUUUUUGGAGCACUGACCUACUAGGUUUUUUUUUAAAGGAUUUAAAAAUACAAAAGGUUUUAUUUAUUUACUUGUAAGAUACCCAUUCUGAUCUCAAAGCAAUGAUGGCAAUUAUGGAAGUCUUUGGCUAAAUUAAGAUGCACUCUCUUAAGAACUACUAAAAACCAUGGUUGCAAUCAGGUGAAAGUUAGGCAUGGUUAAGUCCUAUCGAUUUCAGCUGGUACUUAGGUGAGCCUAACACUUUCUAGAUUGUAGCAAAUACCUCGUGUCCUGAAAGUGAGAUAAUACUGUACAAAAUAUGGCAGAAUUAAAAAAUAUAAAGAUCUGAGUAUCUAUUUGUUUCCCUACUAGUUCGGCUUAUUUCCCACCUCUCUCCAAGCAGUGAUGAGUGUGAGCUUAUGAGCACCUGAAUGCUGGUGAAUGAAACGGAUUCAUUUGUAUUCCCAAUGUCAAACUUUCAAAGGAUUCACAUCAAAAGGACACACACACACACACACACACAAAUGCAAUUGUCACAAGUACCCGCAUUGAAGGGAGAUCGUCAAUCGUGCCUAUCAAAAAUAAUCCUCCAAACAAAAAACAAGGUGGAACAAAAUGGAAAUGGACAAAAAAAAAGAGAGAGAGAAAAUACUAGGCAAUGGAAUGAAAUGACAGACACCCAGUAGUGCUAUAGGAUUUUCGAGAACCUCUCCAGUCUUUUUAAUCCUCAAAAACUUCCAGGAACAAAGGGGGAAAGAGUUCUGUUGGGCAUUCCACCUUCAUGUGCAGGAAGCGGCUAGCAUGACAGGCGCCAAUCAUUCGUAGGUCCGUCACUUUCAUCAGCAGUUUUGGCCAAAAGUGUGCAAUGUGAUGCUUUCUGUAAUUAAUGUAGUGUUCAAAUGCCAGGAGGAAGCCCUCUUGGCACUUUUCUAUUCUCUCGACGCUGACAAGACCCGGACGAUCUGCGUAAUUUAGACGAAAGGCAUAAGUUAUUUCCUUACAUCCACCCAGGACUACUUAAACAGUACCUUCUGCAGAGCUCAGUCAAAUUUUAAGGAAUUGAUAUUGCUCAGUGACAGGUUCCCACAGUAUUUCCCAAUGCAAGUCGAUCCUGACACAGCUUCCCUGAGGCUUCAGAGAACCAGUGUAAGGUAGUGGGUUGUCUCUUGGGCAAAACAUAGGGCUAGAACAUGGGAGCAGUUGCCAAUUGAGAAUUUUACCUUAUAUGUUUUGGUAAAACAAUACAGUGGUACUUUGGUUUUCGAACGUAAUCUGUUCUGGAAGACCGUUCGAGUUCCGAAACAUUUGAAAACAGCCGACAGCUAGGCCUCCAGAUCUUGGACUCAGCAGAAGCUGCGUGGCAUGUUUGACUUCUGAGACACGUUCGAAAAUGGAAGUACGGUAUUUACUUCUGGGUUUAUGGCGUCCGAAAACCGAAAUGUUCGACUUCUGAGAUGUUCGAAAACCAAGGUACCACUGUAUAUGUGAGCACUAGGCUUAAUUUUGCUCUCCCCAUAUUUAUUUCCCUAGAGAAGUACUCUAGGAAGCCAGUGUGGUGUAGUGGCCAGAGUGUAAAUUACUAAACUAUUUUCAUACUCACCUGAAGACAUCAGCAGUACCGCCUGUAGGAGAGCGACUUCCGUGUCAUCUAGGUUGAAUGAUGACAAUGACAUGCCCAGGUCAAAAAUGGCAUCUGAUACAACUCCAAGACCCCCAUUUUUCAGCUGGCCCCUGGUCACCGCCAUCUCUCCAUUCAGGGUCAAAGUCUCGCUCUCGGGGUCAUAGCGAACUGCUGCUCUGAGGGACAUAAUCUCCAUGCAACAACCUUUCAGAAGGAUGAUCUGGUCUUCACAUGGCAGCUGCGGAGAAUGGCAAGUGAGACUCAGUUUUCCUGCACUUAAGUGAAAGGCCUUCUCCAAACGCUAAAAAGUAAAAUAAAUAUUGGCACCACCCUUGUAUGCAGUUUCCUUUCAUUCCUUCCCUUUAUCACUUCCUUUGAAGUGAUCACUAAAACUUGCUGAGAGAGUAUUCUUAAUAAUGUCAUCCACAUGCCACCUUCAAAGAAGUCAUUGUCAUUUUUCACCCUUCACUGAGACUUGGGGAUUACUGGAGAGUCCCAAGGUGGGAUAUGUAUACAUUCAAAGCAGUUUAAUUUAUUAUUACUAUUUUGAUGAUGAUGAUUGUAUAAUUAAUAAAUCACUAUCUAUUAUAGUAAUAUUAUUGCAAUGUGUCAUACUUGGGGCUGCUUUUGAAAACGGCAGCUCAUUCAGAAAUCAGCAGAAUUCAUAUUAUACCAAAUCUGGCACAACUGCACUAGCUACCGUUUAGUCUCUUAAGCCCAAUUCAAAAUGUUGGUUUUGACCCAUAAAGUCUUAGGUGGCUCAGGACCUCAACAACUGCCUCUCCCCACAUAAACCAGCCUGGAACCUGCGAUGAUCAUCGGAGGUCCUUCUCUGUGUGCCUCACCUGAGGGACAUGAGAAAUGGCCUUCUCAGUGGUGGUUCCUCACUUCUGGAACAUUCUCCCCCGGGAAGCACAACUGGUGCCAUCUUUGUCUGGUUUUAGGUGCCAGGCAAAAACAUUUGCAUUUAGGAAGGCCUUCAGUCCUUAAUUGAGAGGGUAACUAGUUAUGUUGCCUGCCUCCUUAUUGGGCUCAUCCUUUGAUGUGAGGUGGGUAGGAUAUGCAUCUUUUAUAUAUAUUUCUGGAUUUGCACUUUAAAUCUUGUUUUACUGCUGCUGUUAUAAUUGGUUUUAAUGUUGCUUGCUACUUUUAUUAUUAUGAUGUAGGUUGCUUUGAGGCACUUUGGUGUAAAAAGCUAACAAUAAUAAUAGUAAUUAAUAAUAAUGUGAAUGACCCAGCAAUGGUACAUACUUGUGUUAUACAACUGCUAUAACCAUCUUUGUCCCCCACAAAACCUUCAGCCCAUUGGCCAACGAAAAUUCGAACCCUUCAGGGUAGGAGGCCUUCUUGUUAUUAGUUCUGUAGCACUAUUAAAUCACCCGUAGUCCAUAACAUAAAGUAGUUAUGGAAACAAAAAUCUGUUCCAUUUUGGCUUCAGUUAUUAAGUUAUUUUAUUUUUAAGUCAAGUUGAGAGGUGUGUGUGUGUGUGUGUGUGUGUGUGUGUCUGUCUGUGGGGUUGGGAAUCGUUAUUUAUAGUACUGACACUGUGAUUACAUUUAAUCUCGACAAAAAAGAACCUUCUGAGUGGACGAAGGGAUCAUGGCUUAGCAGAAGUGAAAGCAAUGUUCCAGGGGCCGAAUGGUUUUUGAAAAAUGUAGUCUGCCGGCAAAGGUAAAUUGACACUUGAUUGUAAUGUCAGCUUUUCCCCGCCUCAGCUGCCAGCUUUAAGUGCAGAGUAUUUGACUCAUAGGGAGAGUGACUGAUGCUACUACUAAGAGGAAGGCAUGCUUGGCAAAUCCACACCGUGAUCAACUCCCGCCUGGAAACCAAUGUCCCCACUGUGGAAGGAUGUGUGGAUCCAGAAUUGGCCUCCACAGUCACUUACGGACUCAUUGUUAAAACCGUGUUUAUAGAACACUAUCUUACUUGGCUAUGAGUGAUCGCCAAAGGAGAAGCACUCAGUCAGGUUUCCCUACAUCAGCUUCAAUAGUUUACACAGGUCAGGGAAAAUGGGAAGUGAUGUUUCAUAACCAAAAAGAAGGGCGGGGGGCAAGAAAAGCAGAGAGAGGAAAAUGAGGGCUAAAAUAUAUUCUAAUUAUCCAAAAUAAACAUGGUUAGUUUAAUAAUUUUGAAACAAGCACAUUCCCUUUGAGACUCAUUUGGCACUUGCAUGGUGUCGCAGAGUUUUGCUAUCAGCUGUGAAGUAUUCUGAAGUUUGGACAAGAGGGUGAAUUGGGGCAGAGCGAAUGGCUUAAGGGCAGCGGGAAAGCUGUGCCAGCCACAUCUUUUGUUCGGGGAAAUUACAUGAAAGUGGCCCAGAAUGGCCAAACUCACUUGGAAUAGGGAAGCCAUUUGCACGAAGUGUUAUCCUCCCUCUCUUUCACUACAGCUAAGGAUGAUCUGAGAUCUGUGUAUGAAAGGAACAACUAAAAAAUGUUCUGGAACAGAUAAAGGGACACACAAGAGAGAGUGAGAGAGACAAGAGGGUGUUUUCACACACGGGUGAUUCAGCAUCACCCGAUAAUUUUGUUCUGCUCUAAACUGGAAGCUGAAAAAUGAACUAGCCCAUUCCCUGGGCAAGUCUCCCUUUCUCCAGUCCCAACAGUUGAGAGAUGAGGGUGAGGAUUUUUCAGUGGAACAACUGUGUUUUUGAGGAAAAGGUUAAUCCACUCUUCUUCCUCCCUGCUGCACUUCCAAUCGUAGCACUUUGGAUUAAUCCAUGUUGUGAAGUUAUCCCUCUGGUUAAAGAUCUGUUUUCAUCUAUUUGUAAUUUCCUCAAAUGCCAUUAUUGGAAGACAAUCCAUCAUAUUUAUAUGCAUGGAAAAGUGACUUAGGGAGUCUAUGGAAGACAAUGGAGAUUUUCCUGGAGAUAAGCUGGAGAUCGUUUUCUUUUUAUUAAUCAGUGCUACUAAGGAGACUAUAAAGGACACACAAUACAAAGUUCUCAGUAUGUUGUACAUGACCCCUGCAGUACUUCAACGGAUAUGCCCAACUAUAGUUAGUACACUGGUCAGAUUGGUUUAUGAUUUCACCUUUGAUGGGAGCAGUGUUAGUGCCUUAAACAGUGUAAGAGUUCAGGAAUACAUUCCAGAUGACAUCCAGGAAUUUUGCCACAUUGGGCCACAGGUAGCUACCCCAGCUAUGCUAUGUGAUCACUUUGAAUCUAUAAACUCUGUAUUUCUGCAUAAAGGCCUUCUUAAGUAAUCGUAUCCAGGGGCAAAGUUGUGUAUAGCACAUAACGGGAAGUCUCCCAAGAAACUAUAUAAAAAGCAGUGCAUUAAUAAAAUUCCCACCCUGGGCUCCUUGGAGACUAAAGACAGGGACUUAAUUAAUUAAUUAAAAUUGGGAGAUGAUGGUUACAUACAAUCUUACUCAGAAUGUGCAGCAAGCAAGGGAUAUAUAUAUAUAUAUAGAUAUAUAUAUAUCUCAAAACCAUGGUUUCUCUUUACUUCCUAGGUGGAAGCCCAUCAAAUCUUUUGAUCAAAUCUGAAUCAACUGACAGGUACCUAUAUUUUUGUUUCUAUGAUAUACAGUAUGUAACUUAGAUAUGAUAUAGUUAGUGAGCUAGAUAUCUCACAGGCAUGAUAUAAUGAGAUAGUUAUAUGUAAGUUUAUUAAUUCCUAGUUCUUGUUGUAGUGUUGUGUGUAUACUUUGUUGUCUGUGUUGUAACUCUUAUCUCAAAAUAAAAUAAAAUUCCAUCUCAAGCUGUUUUUAGGGGGGGUAAACAAAGUUCACAUUUACAUGCAAAAUAAGUAAAUAAAUAAAGGAGAAGGAAAGUAAAAAGAGAGAGGUUAAACUGGAAAGAAAUCCGUACCUCACAGAACAUAGGCAACUUUUUGGCAAAAUCCACCACUCUUGUGAUUGCUGGUGUGAUAAUUUUUGUAAACUGGCUGAAGGCUUCUAAAUCUACUUUCCCGCCUUCUGGGGCAUUUACUAUUGGUGCUUGUCCAAUAUCCUCUGGCUAACAACAGAAAAGAAAAACAUUGUAAGGAGACAAUUUAUUUGCAGCGGACAUGGAAUCUUCUUAAACUUUUGUGGAGCGCUGGCAGUUCAAACCCAUCACUUCUUCUGUUUUGUUUGUAAGAAAGCCCUGUUGCUAUUAUUUAGGCAAAAUUAACUUUUGUAUUCAAAAGAAGCCACUGUCUAAGACAAACUCUUGUAUGCAUAAGAUUCUGACAUGCCACUACUCAUUUGUGUAGGCAGCUCAGUGCUUUGCAAAUGUAGCUACCUAUUCUUGUCUAUUUAUGUUAUCUUGUGGAAGCCAUUUAGCUGUUCACCCCGAAACCCUAAAGCGAGUGUUGUUUCUCAGUCCCACCUAGGAAAACUUAUCUUCCCCUGAAAUCCAAAAGGAAGAGAAGUUCUUCGGCAUUAAAUUUGUCAGAGGAGGGGAAUUUCUGACCUUUCCUAUAAUUUGUUGUCGUUUACUAAAGGGACAGUGAGGCUUCACCAAAGUUCAUAAUAGCCAAAAGCUAUUCCUAUAGCUGUGCUAACCUGACAGGGUAAGAAAAACAGACAGGAUAGGAACCAACACAGGUUAUAUUCUGUCAACAGUUGAUCACUUGGUUUGAGGGGUGAAGCUAAGUUCAGGAAUUCAGGUCAAAGAGGCUAACGUUAAAUAUGCAUUCUGUUUCCUAUCACUGAGUUGACGUUUGUAUGCUUUGCCCAAUACAUGUUGUUGUUGUUUAGUCGUGUCCGACUCUUCAUGACCCCGUGGACCAGAGCACGCCAGGCACUCCUGUCUUCCACAUGGGAAUUUCAACCACAAAUAUUUUCCACUACAGUGGUACCUUGGAAGUUGAACAGAAUCCAUUCCGGAAGUCCAUUCGACUUCCAAAACGUUCGGAAACCAAGUCACGGCUUCCGAUUGGCUGCAGGAAGCUCCUGCAGCCAAUCCGAAGCUGCGGAAGUCACGCCAGACAUUUGUGUUCCAAAGAACGCUCACAAACCGGAACACUCGCGUCCAAGUUUGCGGCAUUCGGGAGCCAAAACGUUCGACUCGCAAGGCUUUCGGGAGCCAAGGUGUGACUGUAUUAGGAAACAAAACGGUAUUCUAAAGCUGUAACUAAGUAAAAAUGACAAAUAGGAGCAAGUAGGACCUGCAACAAAAUGUUGCAGCAUGUUCAGGUUCCCUGCCACUCCAUUCUAAUAUCACCACCUGUUUUCUAUUCCCUGCUCCCACAGGGACUCAGCAUGCUCACUGCUCAGUGAAGUGUUUUGGCUUUUGCCAUUACAUCCUCCUAACCCUACAAUCUCUAGGAACUAGGAGCAUGUCUGAAGGUGGGAGAGGACUUCCAAAAAAACUGUGCGGCCAGGGUUCCCUCUCACCGGAAAGCCUAUGCAUGACAAGCAGGCUUCUCCUCUGCAGCCAUGCCCUGUGUGGACAUGGUGUGGGGCUUGGGCUGGCUGGGAUAUGAUGCGAUGCUGAGAGCAGGGCCAGCACCCAGCGCCUGGUUUUCACUUCACAUGAUGAUGGGAUGGAUGAAUCUGGCAAUUCUGGGUUCUCGCAUUUUAGUUCUCUACAUUAUUUUCCAUUUUAUAUAAAAAAAAAUCCUCAGUAUUUUAUUGAGAAUUUCUCCCAUUAAACACACUUUUUUUCUAUGUGAUUUUGUCAAAUAUACAUCUUUGCAAAAAAAACCACCAGAACCCUAAUGGAAUGCAUUUUUGUAUGUUAUUUUCACUAGUAUAUGCUGUAUAUGCACAUUUUACCCCAAUGCAGUUUUUAACACAUUUGCUGGACUGGAGAACUACAAAAUUUUGGGGGAAAUUGAAUUACAAAGGAUUGCUGUGUUUCAGUUCACACAUUGUUUCGAUAAAAGUGCAAGUUUGGUAAGUUCUGCUUUCCCGCUCGCUUCAAACGUCAGGGAAAACUGUGCACACAACACACCAGAACCUCAUUAGAAUCACAUAAAUGCAGGGAAAUCGUUCUUACUUUUCAUGUUAAGCAUUUAUAACCAACUUUUCAAUUUUAACAAAUUCCCAAAGCAGUAACAAAGACCAUCCAUACUUACCGUAUAUACUCGAGUAUAAGCUGACUUUUUCAGCACAUUUUUAAUGCUGAAAAAGCCCCCUCGGCUUAUACUCGAGGCGGGUGGCGGCGGCGGAGGGACGAGCGGCCCGAAAGGAGACCUUUCAGGCUGCUUGUUCUUCCUUCGCCGCUGCCGCCACCACCAGGUUAGUGGUGUGGUGAACCGGCUUACACUCGAGUCAGUAAGUUUUCCCAGUUUUCUGUGCUAAAAUUAGGUGCCUUGGCUUAUAUGCGGGUCGGCUUAUACUCGAGUAUAUACGGUAGAUUCAACUUUGCCUUAUUAGAUUAUAUCCUCUUCCUGGGAUGUGUGUGUUGGGGGGUGGGGGAAAACCCCAGAAGACAAACCUGGGCCUCUAGUGGAUAAUAAUAAUAAUAAUAAUAAUAAUAAUAAUAAUAAUAGAAGGUAGGCCCCCAGGUGUGGGCUAUUUAAAUGGCCAGGGAGCAGAUCCAAAGAAAGCCUGUUGACUCUGUCAACUCCGCCUCCUGGCCCAGCCUGUGUCCAAGGCUGAACCCCCAUUUGCCAAUCCCAGGUGUAGGCUAGGAUCUGGCUCCUGCUAGGUGGCGGGGGCUUAUGCCUAUGCCAUUUAUCAAGACAGGAGGCCGAUGCUGCACAACACCACAGCACCAAAAGGGGUGAGCGGACUUAUUAGAUUACUGUAUUUUUCGCUCUAUAAGACGCACCAGACCACAAGACGCACCUAGUUUUUGGAGGAGGAAAACAAGAAAAAAAAAUAUUCUGAAUCUCAGAAGCCAGAACAGCAAGAGGGAUCGCUACGCAGUGAAAGCAGCAAUCCCUCUUGCUGUUCUGGCUUCUGGGAUAGCUGCGCAGCCUGCAUUCGCUCCAUAAGACGCACACAUAUUUCCCCUUACUUUUUAGGAGGGGAAAAGUGAGUUUUAUAGAGCAAAAAAUACAGUAUAUCCUCUUCCUGGUAUGUGUGUGUUGGAGUGGGGGGUACCCCAGAAGAGUGGAUGAUGAUGAUGAUGAUAAUAUUUAUUAUUUAUAUGCAGCCCAUCUGACUGGGUUGCUCAGCCAUUCCGGACAGCUCCCAACAAAAAAUAGUAAAAACACAAAACAUCAUCAAACACUAAAAACUUCCCUGAACAGCUCUCUUGAAGAUGCCUGCAGUUAAAUAUUAGUUUCAUUAUUUUUAAAGCAAAGUGCUCUGCAGGUUCUUAUACUGAUUUGCCGUUAUACAAAAGCGAGCAUUUCUCGUCCAGAAAGGACCCCUGCAAUGUGAAAAUGUCUCUAGUUAAGGAACAGGCAUGUAAAACCUGUUCAAAUGAUAUUUUUCCUGUUCUCUUCUAUUUCUGGCUUCCAUUGAUCUAAAUUGGUAGAAUAUCAAAACUCGCAGUGACACUAUGGUAAACAACAGGCCACAUGCUAGGAUAGUUCUAGUGACACCAGCCGUUUCCAUGGAUCACUAUAUUGAGAAUUUUUGUUUGCGUAUUGCAGAAAACAUGUGAAACUCAACUUUGUCUUCAUAUGUUAUUGCGCUCAUUUGUUCUGUACUUCCUGUUGCAGAAACACGGUGGGCCUAAAGUGAAGAACUUUAGAGAUCAAAGCUUCCCACCCAAUUCAUCCAUCAACCAAAAAGUAAAUGAUGCUAAAAAAUCAGGUCAAGCGAGGAGUGGUUCUGGCGAGCUCCUCACACCGUUGUGUAACCUACCAGAAAUUUCCUUUUCUGUUUCCAAUGGCUUCCUUGUGCAUUGGUGGCGACAUGGGCUUCCGUAACAAUUUUGAUAAGCUCCCACUCUUCAUCUGUUGGCUCAGGUUUCAUCCCAAUGGUUUUCUGUAACUCUUCCCGGCGUCUCUUCUCUCGAUUCUCCUCUAUCAGUUUUCUUUUCGCUAGUCGCUUGCUGUCAUCCAACACCACUAUAACAAGGAAAGGACAUAUUAGAGAAAAACGGAUUGCGAACACUUCUUGGAACUGAAUAAUCUGGUUUUGGGGGAUUAGGGCUAUCUAUCUUGGGAGCCGAAAAGAGGUUUGAUCUACCUGUGCAAAAUCUAUUUGUCACUUUCACCCAUGCAACCAUGCACACCCUCUGGCAAUCGAGCCAAUUCCAAAUAACUGAAAUCGACAACAAAAUGCCUCUUACAAAGCACUACAAAACUAUGACCCCUUUUCUCGGUCCUGUACUCAGCACAAGAAGUUAAGCAUGUUUAAAAGCCCAUGUUGAUGCAAAGAAGUCUGGUUCGCCCAGAAGUCUGCAUGUGCCCUAAAAUUACAAGUUUCCUGUGUGAGCAGGGAGCAUAGUGCUAAUUGCAAGGGGUCAGGGAAAACUACAAGUGGUUCCAGCAACUAAAUAUCCGAAAACAUCAUAGUAUCCUCUCAACGGUAGUUCUAGUCUUGCGCCUAGAGCCUUCACAAUGGAGUGGCUGGUUAGAGAGACUGCAUACUAUUUGCCUGGCUUAUCUAGGAAGUUUCAUUUUUGCACGUUAUAUUAUCCAAGAGAGCAGAGCAAGAGCAGAGUUUAUCCAUAAUUGACAUGCUAUUGGUAGCAGCAGUUCAACUGUCACUUCUGUUUUAUGUAAUGUAGUCCAACUUUACAGAGGCUAUAUUUAGAUGGAGAAGAUACUCGGGCUGUCAUGUUCGUUUGGCUGCCGCACAGAAUGACAGCAAGUAAGGUAAAGGUAAAGGACUCCUGGACGGUUAAGUCCAGUCAAAGGUGACUAUGGGGUGUGGCGCUCAUCUCACUUUCAGGCCGAGGGAGCUGCCGUUCGUCCACAGACAGCUUUCCAGGUCAUGUGGCCAGCAUGACUAAACCACUUCUGGAGCAAUGGGACGCAGUGACGGAAACCAGAGCGCACAAAAACGCCGUUUACCUUCCCGCCACAGUGGUACCUAUUUAUCUACUUGCACCCACUAGGUAGGCAGGAUCUCCAGGGAUGCGGGUGGCGCUGUGGUCUAAACCACUGAACCUCUUGGGCUUGCUGAUCAGAAGGUUGGUGGUUUGAAUCCGCACAACGGGGUGAGCUCCUGUUACUCUGUCCCAGACAGCUAGUGCUAACUGGCAAUUUAGUUUAUCAGGAAGAUAAUGGUCAACGGAACGACGGCAAUAAAUAAUUCAGGGAAAUGUGCAACCGUGAACCAUAAUUCUAAUUGCUAUCACUAGUCACAUGGGUGGGAUUAGAAAGGAACGGGGUGGAAAGGACCCCCCCCCCCAAAAAAAUGAAGUUUGGGCUUGGUUUUUAUCAAAAAACAGUCUCCAUGCCCCACUGCUUUGGAAACCAAGGAGACUUGCCAUAUCACAAACGGCUUGGGGGUAGGAUGUUUUUUGACAAGCACAAGCCUGAAGUUCCCUUGGGUAAAAAGAGCUAUAAGGAGGGAGUGGCAGAGGUCGCAGGUUCAAUCUCGAGCAUUAAAAGUGCCAAGUUAGAAGUGAUGGGGAAGCCUUUUGUAUGGGACCCCAGACAACCAUUGCCAGUCAGAGUGGACAAUGCGGAUGAGCCGGGUGGGAUGCAACUUCCUCCCCUCCCCCCGAAAUAAUUUUUAUUCGAUUUUACAAGUGUAGAAUUAUAACAAUAUAAAAUACAUAUUCAUAUUCAGAGAUUUUUCAGAAUCCCUAGACUUCCCACCUUCCUCUCCAUGGGUCCUAUUAUCAACCUUUUCAACUGCAUAGUAUUUCAUCAUCCAAAUUUUAUGUCUCUCCAUUUUGUCCAUAGUAUUUUCUACACUGCAAGUGUUAUUGCAGUCCUGCGAAUGUUUUAAUCUGUUUUUAUAGUGGUCUCUCGAGUAAAUUAUAAACCCCCCCCCUAGUUCUUUAUGAAAGUUUUGGUCCUCUUGGUUCCUGAACUUUCUGGUCAGUUUUGCCAUUUCGGCAUAAUCCAAGGGUUGCAACUUUCUAUACUUCUUUACUUUCCUGUUUUAUAAAACGGGCUCCUUCUACCCUGUUAUGUACUAAGCUUGGAUCCUAGAACAACAGGCAAGUAGGAUCCUAGAAUGCAACCACUGAUUGGCUUGCAGGAAAAGACCAAUCAGGCUCCAGGAGGAAGUUAAUCAGCCUGUUAGGCUGGUAGGAUCGUAGAAUGCAACAACCGAUUGGCCUGCAGGAAAAGACCAAUCAGGCUCCAGGAGGGAAGACGAAUGAGCCAAUCAGACGGGACUCAAUGUGUAAAUAAUGUAUAUAAAAGCCUGAGGUUUGGGGUGCAAUUCAAUUACUGUUUUACAAGCUGCAAUAAAGAGCAUGAAAUCACUACAGGACUCCGAGUAUAUUUCAUACCCCCACCGCCUUUUGAGGAUAACUUAAGAAACAACUAUCAACACUAGCACUUUGGGUUUCCAUUUUGAGUUACUCCACUUAUGCUACUUCAAGUCUUCACUAAGGGUUAAUCUUGCAGCCAUAUGCUGUAGUUCUUUAGAAGUAGUGUAGCGCUCCUUUUCUUUCUGGCUAAAAAUAAAACAAACAACUGCAGGAUGACUCACGCAACAACAGCAUCCAACUUCCCAUUCUCCCAAAUCUUUAAGCAUGAUAAUUGCCUGCCCCCUGCAUGAUACAGCUCCGUAACACACACACACACACACACACACACACACACACACACUCCUGAGUUAGAAAUUGUUCAUAUCCUUAUUAACAUACAGACUCACCAGUGCUAGGGGAAAGCCUAGUCUUUUCAACAGUAGAGAGAAAAUUAAAGCUUUAUGGAAAAAUUAGCUGGGCAUAACAACCAAUAUUCUCAACCAGCAUAUAAUUAUAUAAUAAAAAAAAUGGGGGGGGGGACCAAACACCCAACAAACAGUGAUGAUUACGUUGUACUGAAAUAAACACACCUAAUGCAAACAAACAGCACAGUAAAAUAAAGAAGCUUACAAUCUGUUGCCAUGCCAACAUAGAUGCAUUUCUUGAAGCGACAUUCCUGGCACUGGUUUCUUGUGACUUUGUCUAUCACACAUUUUCCUUCAUAUUUACAGGAGUAAGUUGGAUGGAGGUUUUUCUGAAUAGUUCUUCGGAAAAAACCCUAUGUGGGGGGGAAAAAGAAUGCAAAGUAGCACCUAGAUUGCCCACUUUUUAUCAUUUAGGUUACUCAUAACCAAAUCUUUAUUUAGAUAUGCUGGAGUGUUUAUUGCUGGACAAAGAACAAGAUACAUUAUGAAAUAAAUUAAGGACAUAGGAAGAACCCUCCUGGAUCAGAUCAGUUAGUUACCCACCUAGUCUAACAUUUUGUUAUCCCAGGAGCCAAUCAGGUGCCUAUGGUAAACCCAAAGCAAUAGCAGUCUCCCACAGAUACGGGACAUAAUGUAUAGCCAUCGUUUCCUUACUCAAAUUUCUCAUUUGCAAAUUUAACAAAGAAAAGGAAGGGGGAAAUUACUAAAGGGAAGGAAGGGAGGAAAAUAAAUAACAUAUGAAUACUACUAGUAGUAACAAAAAAACACCACCCCUUCAUAUUACAGAUACAGUAGCCAUCAUUACAUGCAUUUUAAGUUAAACAUAUAUGUUAAUACAAGCCCUCUCAAAGUCCAAAAUAGGUAUCCACACGAAAAUUGAUGCCUAUAUGAAAUAUGUUUAAACGCAGUCAAAUGAAUGGCCUGAGAGCCACAGACCACUGUGUAAUCAAAGGUGGAUAUUUAUCUUUCCAGGCUUGAAGUAUAAAUCUCAUAGCAACCACUAAUCCCCAUACUAGAGGAAUAUAAUAUAGAAGCACCCGAACAUGCAAAUAGCAAAGACUUUGCCAAUAUAAAAUUGAUGUGAAUAACAACUUCAGCCCCAAAAGAAUAUAUCACUGGACAAGCCCACAUAAUGAGGCAUUCUUAGCAUUAUACGGUACCUCCAACAGAUGUGCGUAUUGGACAGUGCCUUCUUGUACAAACACUGUGGAGUCCAAUAUACUCAAAACACUAUUUUUUACUGUAUGAGUCUGAAUUUCAAGUCUAAGGAAACAUUCCAUAUAGAUUCUUAAGCAAUUUUCUAUUCUUUGGGCUCUUUGGUGCAAUCGUAAUUCCCUAUUCCACAACUCUCUGAGUUCCUGAACUUUUACGUUACAAAGAUCUGCUAAACAUGUAUAAGCAACAGCUUUGGUUUAGCAUUUUGCAAGGAUCCAACAAUUUAGGAGAUGCCAAAGCACUCAAAGCAGAUGGGCCAUAAAUAGGUGCCAGCCAUUCAUCGGAAAUGGAUAUUUAAGAUGUAAAACAGGAAAUGACAAAAAUAAAAAAUAAAUCCACCUGAGGCUAUUAGCUAUCUAAUGUAUAUAUCCAACAUCCAACACAUUUCUUCCACAAAAAAGACUGCCCCUCUGUUGUCAAAUCUGGAUUAAUCCAUAAAGUCAAUUUAGUGCAAGCAUUUGGAUCAAAUUGUAAUUGAUAAGCUAUCAUAUUCCCCUAGUUAUUAAAAGUGAAUAGUGACUGAUAGCCAUAGCCUUAUCCUUUACAAAUUAUAAUUUAAAUCAUAUGACAUUGUCUUAUUUUAGCUCUUUAUGUGGCCACGAUCAUGUAGUAAUUCUUGCUGUAGACUUACCUUGCAACCUUCACAAGUAAUGCAGCGAUAGUGAUACCCCGUGGCUUUGUCACCACAAACGACACAUAGCUCGUCCUUGUCUAAGUAACUGGGUAUGUACCCUGUAGGGAAAGAGAAAGUGAGUGUCAGUGAAGAGGUUGAACUACAGGGGUCAGCAAACUUUUUCAGCAGGUGGCCAGUCCACUGUCUCUCAGACCUUGUGGGGGGCCAGAAUAUAUUUUUUUGGGGGGAAAUAAAUGAAUUCCUAUGCCCCUCAAAUAACCCAUAGAUGCAUUUUAAAUAAAAGGACACAUUCUACUCAUGUAAAAACACGCUGAUUCCGGGACCGUCCGCGGGCCAGAUUUAGAAGGAGAUUGGGCCGGAUCCGACCCCCGGGCCUUAGUUUGCCUACCCAUGAACUAGAAAAAUCAUACAUAUACUUAAUGCGGAUCCAACACAGUUGUUCUGAGAGGAAAGUUUCUUAACUAAAAGGUAGGAGGUGCAUAGAGAGACCAAAGUAGCACAAUCAAAAGGAGUUUGGUGACGACUAAGACCAAAAAGAAAGGUUACGGGAAAUAAAAAUGUACAGAGGAACAGUCACUGCCAGAAUCAGUAUUAUGCAUAAAAGGCACAAUCCAUCCAGUCUUAAGCAAUUUUAAGCCCUGCUGAUCUCAAGGCAAAAUUUUCUAUCACGUGCCUUCUUUCUUUUCUGAAAUCAAUGGGACUUGAAAGCGCCUCCCUUUGCCCAAAUCAUCCCCACAUUUUGGAAGACAAAAUGCAAUUUGUGUUACAGUGGUGCCUCGCAAGACGAAAUUAAUUCGUUCCGCAAGUCUCUUCGUCUUGCGAGUUUUUCGUCUUGCGAUGCACGGUUUCCCAUAGGAAUGCAUUGAAAAUCAAUUAAUGCGUUCCUAGGGAAACCGCCUUCAGACCAGGUCCGGGGACAGUCUGUCCCCGGACCUCUUCUGAAGGCUGGGGGGCAAGGGCUUUUCUUCCCACCCCCAGCAUUUUAAAAAACCCCGGGACAGCGGAGGACUUCUCCGCUGUCCGGGCGAUCUUAAAAUGCUGGCGGGCGGCAUUUUAAAAUCACCCCGGGACAGCGGAGGACUUCUCCGCUGUCCGGGGCAAUUUAAAGCCCCUGGGAAGGCAGGCAGGGGGACAAAGACUUUGCCCCCGCCAGCCUUCAGAAGAGGUCCUGGACCUCUUCUGAAGGCGGGCGGGGGCGAAAGUCUUGCUCCCCGCCUUCAAAGCCCUCCGGGACAGGCAGGCAGGGGAGCAAAGACUUCGCCCCCGCCCGCCUUCAGAAGGUCUUCCCUCCCCCGCCCGGCUCGGAGCACCGUUCCGAGCCGGGCGGCGGCGGGAGGUCUUCCCUCCCCCGCCCGGCUUCGGAGCACCGUUCCGAGCCGGGCGGCGGCGGAGGUGUUCCCUCCCCGCCCUUAAAAUGAAACAUUGAUUGAAGGACAGAACAAACCACUAUAAUUCCUGGGUUGCAUGGACAACUUGUAACAAAUAACGCAGAGAAAAUAAGCGCACAAAAUACCUAAUUUGUCUGAGUCUUUGCCAAGAAGAGAAACAAUUAUCAUGUUACCAACAUAACACAGAAAACCCACCAAUUCAUCAAGGUUAAAAGUGGAGAGGACCCUUUCAGAGAUCACCUAGAUAAACUGGACAUACUCAAAUCAGCAAGUCACUGGAACUGCACAGUAAACUUUUCAACUUGCAGAUCACAUCAGUGUCCCUUGUCUUUGACUUGGUGGGUCACACUGGUUAAUGUAAAGUUUGGGUGGGGAUGUGAAAUAUGAUUGGGCCAGAAAAUAACAUUUACAGUGGUACCUCGGGUUACAAACACCUUGGGUUACAAACACUUUGGGUUACAGACUCCGCUAAUCUGGAAGUAGUACCUCAGGUUAAGAACUUUACCUCAGGAUAAGAACAGAAAUCGUGCAGCAGCGGCGCAGCGGCAGCGGGAGGCCCCAUUAGCUAAAGUGAUACCUCAGGUUAAGAACAGUUUCAGGUUAAGAACGGACCUCCGGAAUGAAUUAAGUUUGUAACCAGAGGUAUUCCGAACUGGAGUUUAAAGAAGAAAAGGGAAAGUAUUCACAACAAAGCCCCACCUAUUUAUGCUUCAGCAUCUUAUUGCACCAGUAUCUUAUUACUCAGCACUCUACUGGACUUAUGGAUCAUCACCUAAAAAUACAGAAUACAGUUCACCCAUAUUAAAGUAGUUUCUGUAUCUUUCAGGGCAGAGACUUCCAAGUAGCCUAUUUGCCUCUGGUAAUCAAGAAAUGCCUCCAGGCACCCUGGCAAGAAAGUUUUUGUACACUGGAAGAAAGGACUUGUUUUUAUGCCUGUUUUCAGGCUGUGUAUGUGCCAGGAAUGACUUACACCAGUUUGUAUGCACCAAUGGGCUAGUAACAGUGUGUAUAGCUAUCUGCCAAAAGGAAGAGGAAAGGCUGUGGAAGGGUUAUAUUAAAGUUUGGAUAGCGGUCUGGUGUAUUCCAGGCUCAGAGUAAAUUGAAAGCUUUGGAAAGGGGUCAAAUCCACAGGUAAUAGUCAUGUCCUGUGAAAGGUUCAUCUAGUACGAAAACACCCGUGCAGAAUAUGAUAAUGGAAUGCCAAACUCAUAAAGCUUUCGUAAGAAAGAUCAGUAAGCAGAAGAAGGGAAGCUAUUCCUCUGCUCAGGGAUAUUCCUGGCAAAAUGUACUGUAUGUGCAUUUUUCAUUCUAACCAUGUCUUUCCACAUACAGUGGUACCUCUGGUUACGAACGCUUCUGGUUACGAACUCCGCUAACCCGGAAGUAGCUGCUUCUGGUUGCGAACUUUGCCCCAGGAUCAUAGCUGUCAACUUUUCCCUUUUCUUGAAAGGAAUUCUAUUCGGAAUAAGGGAAUUUCCCUUAAAAAAGGGAAAAUGUUGGCAGCUAUGCCCAGGAUGCGAAUGGGAAUUGUGUGCCGGAGGACCGUAUGCAGCGGGAGGCCCCAUUAACAAAAGCACGCCUCAGGAUAAGAACAAUUUCAGCUUAAGAAUGGACCUCUGGAACGAAUUAAGUUCGUAACCAGAGGUACCACUGUAAAAUAAAACGUUUAGCUCAUGAUCAGCUCUAACACUUUGGGGAAGGCUUAAAGUGAAAGAAAGGCAUUAAUACUAUGUGAAAUUCUAACUUAAGACAAUGGUAGGUGUAGGUGGUACCCCUCAAGAGUAAUUAUUGUUUUUGAUUCUGUCCUGUAAUUGGGGGGGGCGGGGAUUCUUCCUAAUACACAUUCGCCAAAGCUCCUAAAAUAAUGAAUGGAAGAGAAACAAAUUACCCCUCAACUCAACGCACUCUGAAAUAUAGUCUAUUUGUUUACUGCAUCAACAUGUUACACAUUUAAGAUGCAAGAUGUUUGUGUAAGUUCACAAAGCGUUCAACCCAACAUAACUCGAUUCUGGACUGAGAACACUAUGCGUUAUAAUAGUAAUAAUUACAGGGCAAUCGACAAGCAUUGUGGAGCUUUGGCUAUAUUAAUAACUCACAUUCAGUAGUAAUUCUGAUAAUAAAAAUAAUUGGAACCAUUCCACAAAAUGGGACUCUGCCAUUUUCUAUGGAUGAAAGAUUAGCAGCAUGGCCUCAAGUGCCUUUUUAACUAUAUUGGUAUAAACAGAGGGUUGUGCUACUACAGCAACAGCAGCAGCUGAAGCAAGAUGCUAAGCAUAAUACCUAGGCCAAAUCGCCUGAACUUCUUCUCUAAUGCUCCAAAAUGUAGGUCCAGUGUUGCAUCAACCAGGGAAAUCCAGGGCUCUAUUGAUAAAUCUCAGGUUCCUAGUUUUGUUGUUUAGUCGUUUAGUCGUAUGUGACUCUUCAUGACCACAUGGACCAGAGCACGCCAGGCACUCCUGUCUUCUACUGCCUCCCGCAGUUUGGUCAAACUCAUGCUGGUAGCUUCGAGAACACUGUCCAACCAUCUCGUCCUCUGUCGUCCCCUUCUCCUUGUGCCCUCCAUCUUUCCCAACAUCAGCCUCCUGCCCCAGGAGUCUUCUCUUCUCAUGAGGUGGCCAAAGUAUUGGAGUCUCAGCUUCACGAUCUGUCCUUCCAGUGAGCACUCAGGGCUGAUUUCCUUAAGAAUGGAUAGGUUUGAUCUUCUUGCAGUCCAUGGGACUCUCAAGAGUCUCCUCCAGCACCAUAAUUCAAAAGCAUCAAUUCUUUGGCGAUCAGCCUUCUUUAUGGUCCAGCUCUCACUUCCAUACAUCACUACUGGGAAAACCAUAGCUUUAACUAUACGGACUUUUGUUGGCAAGGUGAUGUAUCUGAUUUUUAAGAUGCUGUCUGGGUUUGUCAUUGCUUUUCUCCCAAGAAGCAGGUGUCUUAAAUUCAGUUAAAUUUCGUGGCUGCUGUCACCAUCUGCAGUGAUCAUGGAGCCCAAGAAAGUAAAAUCUCUCACUGCCUCCAUUUCUUCCCCUUCUAUUUGCCAGGAGGUGAUGGGACCAGUGGCCAUGAUCUUCCUUUUUUUGAUGUUGAGCUUCAAACCAUAUUUUGUGCUCUCCUCUUUCACCCUCAUUAAAAGGUUCUUUAAUUCCUCCUCACUUUCUGCCAUCAAAGUUGUGUCAUCUGCAUAUCUGAGGUUGUUGAUAUUUCUUCCGGCAAUCUUAAUUCCGGCUAGGGAUUCAUCCAGCCCAGCCUUUCGCAUGAUGAAUUCCAGGUUCCUAGUAAGGGCACAUUGAUGCUCCCUCGGCAUCUGUGUCCAAACAGACAAGCCCUUCAUAUACAGUGACUGGAGGGAAUAAAAGACUGCAAAAUGUCAAUGGAAACCAAAGUGAUAUCCCUGUUUUGGGUCUUGUCCCUAGUACAAGAGCGAGGAGGAUAAAUGCACUGGUACCCUGCUGCAGAAUAUUACACUAUUCUGUAUCAUAUUACAGUGGUGCCUCGCAAGACGAAAAGAAUCCGUUCUGUGAGUCUCUUCGUCUAGCGGUUUUUUCGUCUUGCAAAGCAAGCCCAUUGACAGAUUAGCGGAUUAGCGCUAUUAGCGGCUUUUAGCGGCUUAUCAGCUUAUCGGAUAAGCAGAUAAGCGGCUUAGAAAAAGGGGGGGGAAGGGAAAAAAAACCGCAGGAACUCGCAAGACAUUUUCGUCUUGCGAAGCAAGCCCAUAGGAGCUUCGUUUUGCGAAGCACCUCCAAAACGGAAAACUCUUUCGUCUAGCGAGUUUUCCGUCUUGCGAGGCAUUCGUCUUGCGGGGCACCACUGUAUAUAUUUUUUUCACCUAAAACCACAAUUUUCACUCGGUAAAGUGAACUUUUUAAUUGGCCGUUAUCAACUAACAUGGUGACAAAUCCUUGCCAGUUACAAUUUGUUGCUCAAUAAUGAGUAGUCACAGGGGACUGACUACAUUUGGUCUGUUUUUUUGGUGUUUUUAUUAUGCAUUUUGUGUUUUCAAUUUGCAUUUUUAUGUUGUGAACCUCCCUGUGAUCUUUGGAUGAAGGGCAAUAUAAAAAAUUAAUCAUCCUCACCCUCACCAUCUUCAUCUUAGGUAGGUCAUUCCUUAAUGGGUCUCCCUUGAACUUUUUAUGCGGAUGAUUCAUGUAUAGGACUUGCACUCUAGUGUCAUAAUGACAGUGACUUCAGGUGGCAGCUGAACUGGGAGCCCAAAACUGUGCUUCACAACAACAGGAGAAGCCAUUUUGAAAAGGACGAGGUUACAAUAGCUAGAGAGUCUCUGGGGUGUCAAAGAGAAGUGACUGAUUAUGUCAUGUUUACUAAUUUGCUAAAUGGAAUAUGAAAGGUAUAAUGAGAGGUCUAACACACUAUAUACUAGUGCUUCAGUAACCUCAGGAAAUCCAAGCCAAGCAGUUCAUGUACCAUUCUCAUGUCCGGGGGGGGGGGGGGGUUGAAAAAAAUAUGAAAAGCUUUGUUAGACAUCAUGUUCACUUCCCAAAUGAAUCCCAGAUGAACCAGGAGAAUAUUAUCCCUGCAGAAAAAUAAGCAUACAGCCUUUGCUACUGGAUGAGGUAACAGGCCUUUUCAACUGCUUAAUUUUUAUCUUGAUUAGCCGUGAUGAUUAUCUGUUUUUGUAUUUUUUUAAAUUGUGCUUUAUGCUGUGAUAUUGUAAAUAGCCCUGAUGUGUUAUGAUACGGCAGCACAGAAAUAUUUUUUUAAUAAAUAAAUGAAUUAAAAAUAAUAAAAUACUACCACACUUUGAAAAACUGUGAGCACUAGGGAAAUGAACCACUGCAGCCACUGCCUUCUCAGUAGUGGCAUCCGCCCAGUGGAAUGCCCUCCCAACAGAUUUCAAGGAAACAACUAUCUGAUUUUUAGAAGACAUCUGAAGGCAGCCCUGUUUAGGGAAGUUUUUAAUGUCUGAUGUUUUAUCGUUUUUAUUAUUAUUAUCAUUAAUUCUGUUGGGAGCUGCCCAGAGUGGCUGAGUAUAAAUGAUAAUAAUAAUAAGAUGCAUGCACAGAGAUUAAUUUGCAGUAUUUCUAUGCCAUUAAGGUCAAGCCUUAAAAGUGGCUCAUGUCUGUGACGAAAACUAAACUACAACUACAGUGGUACCUCGGGUUACAUACGUUUCACGUUACAUAUGCUUCAGGUUAGACUCCACUAACCCAGAAAUAGUACCUCAGGUUAAGAACUUUGCUUCAGGAUGAGAACAGAAAUCGUGUUCUGACGGCGCGGCGGUAGCAGGAAGCCCCAUUAGCUAAAGUGGUCCUUCAGGUUAAGAACAGACCUCCGGAAUGAAUUACCGUAUUUUUCGCUCUAUAAGACGCACCCGGCCAUAAGACGCACCUGGUUUUAGAGGAGGAAAACAAGAAAAAAAAUAUUCUCUCCCUCCCCUCUCUGUGCAGCGCUUCUCCAGCGAAGCGAAGUCAGAAAAAGCAAGAGGGAUCGCUGUGCAGCCUGCAUUCGCUCCAUAAGACGCACACACAUUUCCUCUUACCUUUUAGGAGGGAAAAAGUGCGUCUUACAGAGCGAAAAAUACAGUAAGUACUUAACCCGAGGUACCACUGUACUGAAACCAUAUCAUUACAAUUCCAAAAUAAAAAAGCAGUCUAAAACGUUCUACGGGCAAGCACAGCAAAUCAGCUAAAGCAAUUCAAAACACGAGACCGCAACAGUUUAAACCACUAAAAUAACUUAAACUGGAAGGAAGAUAAAUCCCUACAGCUGCCCCUCUUCUGGUCAUGGGAGUGGAGCUGUCUAGGGCUGGAACUGGGUUUCUCUCUUCCUGCCCCUGCAGUCUGGGGGACCUGGCUUAUUAGACUACAGUACAGUGUAAACAAAAAAAAAACAACAAAAAAACAAAAAAGAGUGUGACUUGCUUUAUUAAGGUGGAUAAAAAAAUCAAUUUAAAAAAAAUACUUAAAAAAAAAUUUAAAUUAGAUUUUUAAAAUAAAAUGCUUUUGGAGGAAAAAUCUUUCUAAAGAUAGUUUCCUAUUUAUGUAACAUUAUAGUCCAAAGGCUAUUCAUCAGGAAAUUUGUUUAAAGUUUUUCAUGUGUGCUAAAACUCAGUCUAAGGUUGUUGUUUUUAAAAAAAUUGUUUAACCACAUCAGUUAACAAACAUGGAUACAUAUGCUAUAAUGUUAAUUUCAUAAUUAUCAGUCUAUGUAUUUCUAAUAGUAUAACCAAAUCAGUAAUUUUUGAUAUAACUGUAAAAACUACUCUGAAAAAUUUAUUAUUCCAAAAAUGAAACCUUCAUCUGGUUGUAAAUAUUUAGUUGAUACUAGCAAGAAUGAGUCUUUCUGUAAAAAAAGAAGAUUUAAAACAAGUCUCACCAACUAAAGAUUUAAAUCGUGAUUUAAAUCGAUUUGAUUUAAAUCAAAUCCACCCUGCUUUAUUGUGAUAUUCGUUUUAUUGCAGAGGUCCGGAACUAAAUACGCAAUAUUUCCGGGGCACACCUGUAUCUUGACUUUAAAGAGAUGGACUGGACCCAAAAGCAUAAAGAAUGAGAGAGUGUGGUCUGCAACAGAGAGGGGAGUCAGGAGGGGAGAACCAGCUGGUAAAUUAACAAAGAUGGUGUGCUCUUGUCCUAAAGAACAAUUAGGUGCUUAUUGUUAGCAUACAACGAUUUCAACAUUGCUUCAUAAUGCGAAGGAUAUCACACAAAUGCAGGUCAAGAUUUGGGUAGAGGAGCCCAAAUGACUCUUAAUGACCUUGACCUUCAUCUGUCUAGUAUAUUUAUGGCAGUUGAAGGUAAAGCUGCAGUCUCGUCAAAGUCCGGACUUGCAAAUCUGUCUAAUCUGAACUCUUGGCAAGACAAAAUACUCAGCGGGAGCAGAUGCCCACACCUUAGAAGAAUGUGUGCCAUAAUCCAAUCUGAACAAUCCCUCUUGAAAUCUAUUACACUUGAUCAAGAUCUGCAGGGCCUGUAGAACCAAUUGAUCCUAGAUAACAUACCAAGUCUAUACCCAAAAAUUAUUUAGCGUUGUAAAUGUUCAACCAAAUUUGUUGGGGGCCUUUGUACUGCAAAAUACAUUUGAGGACCCCUCACAAUUUAAUCUGAAUUAUACACCAGUAUCCAAUUAUAUACCUUCUGAGAAGAAAUUAAGUAAAAUAUUAACACCCAUCUUCAGAAUACAUAUAAAUUGUAGGUGCAUCUUUAUUAAUUUACAUAAUGUUACAUUAGAAUGUGUUUUUUAACACAAGUCAUUGUAAACCAUUUUGAAGAAAUUUCACAACUUUUCAACUCAAAUGCAAAGGAAAAAUGUUUCUUGCAAACUCAUUAAUGCAGAAAUAAAAAAAACCAACUAAACUUAUUGUAUUACUGCUAAAAGUAUUGUAUCUGAUCUUUUAACAAGAGGUGUGGGUUUUUGGGCCUCAUGGAGCAUAUACAGUGACUAUUGUUUUUUACUUAGAAGUAGCUGGUUCAUGGAUAAGCUAUCUACCAGACCUCACAAGAAAGGAUUCUAUACAGAUCUCAGCCAAUGCUCUUUAGACCCAAUGAAUCAUCACAGAGAUUUCCAUUAUGUGGCUGCUAUAGAGGAAGCAGAGUAGAGUUCUGUGUUUGUGCCUUUUUCAAGUUGGACUAAUAAGAUUUCUUUGAAAGACCCUUAGUCAGCAAAAUAGUCAAGACUGUAUUGAUAGUCACCUUUGUUUGUUUUUCCUAACCUAAUUCAGAAAGAGUAUUUUUUUCCAGCCAAAUCAGGGAGUAAGACAUGGAAUCUGAAGACAGCAAGACAUGGAUGUCCAAGUGAACAUCAUUGCAGUGUGCUUAUGUCCAUUCCCAACUUGGCUAACUGGUGCUCACAAAAUGGACAAUGAGUCAUCAGUUUAAGAGCAUUUAUCUUAAUGCAACUCAGGUUUCAAAAGAUGCACUUUUAUUGCGCAUUCAUGAUGAUUUCUGUUAUUGGGGUAGUCAACCACGAUUCCACUUCCAAUAAUGUCUGUGCCUGCAAACAUUUUGGGUUGGUUAUAUUUCCAAGCAGGGCAUAUCCUGUUACUUCCUGCUAACAUCCUCUACCUUUUCAUACCAUGUUACGGGUCGUCGUCCAUCCUCCCCCACUGCUUAUUUUUUGUGCCCUAGCCCCUCUGGACAGCAAUAAUUUGGUAGCAUUGGGGAAGCGUCACAACGCAACUAUUAAAGCAGAAUAAAUCCACCCUUAAGGUACUACUAUUACUAUGUCCCCUUCUCCCUGUGCCCUCCAUCUUUCCCAACAUCAGGGUCUUUUCCAGGGAGUCUUCUCUUCUCAUGAGGUGGCCAAAGUAUUGGAGCCUCAGCUUCACGAUCUGUCCUUCCAGUGAGCACUCAGGGCUGAUUUCCUUAAGAAUGGAUAAUGGAAAAGACCCUGAUGCUGGGAAAGAUGGAGGGCACAAGGAAAAGGGGACGACAGAAGACGAGAUGGUUGGACAGUGUUCUCGAUGCUACCAGCAUGAGUUUGACCAAACUGAGGGAGGCAGUGGAAGACAGGAGUGCCUGGCGUGCUCUGGUCCAAGGGGUCACAAAGAGUCGGACAUGACUAAAUUACUAAACAACAACAAAUUACUAUGUCAAAAACAUGUUGCAGAAUACAUCUGCAAUAAAACACUGGUCCAGAGGAGAUCUUUUUGGAAGGCUAAUAGUCAUCUUGAGGCCUUACUCUCUUUGUGUUGCUGAUGAUACUGAGGUUCAGUGCUUCCCCCCAGGGGUACUCAAGGGUACGAAGUACCAGUACCCCUUGGUGAGUACUGGCACAUUUCCCACCCCCCAAAAAAGCACUGCUGAGGUUCAAAGGUCUCUUGAGCAGUUUUCAACAGUUCCACAAAACAAACGUUGCUAACAGCAGAGACAGUACGCUACCAGAAAUCUGGAGCAAAAAUUAUUUACUCCAAUGGCAACACUGCUGCGCCUUGAGUACUAAGAUUAUGAAAUCAUCAAAUAGCAAUAGCUUUGUUAUUUAUUUAUUUAUAAAAUAUUAAUAUGGUUAAUUUUAAAUAUAUACUUAGUGGCAUAUCUGUAUACCCUUUCACAUUUUUGCUGUUCUGUUAUUCUUCUAUCCUCCUUGACAUUGUUUAUGGCUCUACGAGACUCAUAUAAGUUUAUUCAAUUAUUUAACUUCCACUUGGAUUGGUGGUUUUUUUGAAUUCCUUUGAAAAUGCACAGCAUGGCAAUCGAUACACUUACCCCUGUUUAAUGAACUGUUUAAUGAUGCUUUGAAGUGCUCAAAAGGCUAUUAUAAAGAGAAGAGACAACACUCUGGGUAAUAUCAUGCUCUGGCAAAAUAAAUACCCUCUAUGACGAAGAUAUGAUCUGCAUCUCAGCUAAUGCUACUGUACAUAAGCAAAGAAACUUUAGCUGCGAUUACAAACAAGAUGAGCUUCUGAUAUUGGGAAGACAUCAAGUUCAGUAAUUAUGCUGAACUUUUAAUGUUUUAUUUUAGUAAAUAUAAGAUUAUACAACUAGUGAAUUAACAAACUACAAUAAGUACAUGUUUGUUUACACACACACACCAGCAGUGGGUAUCACAAUAGCAAUCAUGAAAUAAUAUCUGUACUUUUAUAAAUAUUGGUAAGUCAUGAAAUCGUAACCAUUCCCCUCCAAUAGGAUGCAUAAUCUAGUCCAGGAGUCGGCAAGGUUUACCUUGCCUGGGCCAGUUCACUCCCGCGGAGAUCACUCCAUGGGCCGGAUUGUGUCUGCGCAGAGGUGAUUUCUGGCACUGCGGAAGCGAGUCCUCGCUCAAUUUAAAUGACCGCCAUGGGCUGCAGGUUGCUGACCCCUAACUAGUUAUAUCACAUCCAAAACCAGCUUUCAAAUAUUUGCAUGUUUGGUUUUGUGAUGCUAAUAUGAAGCAAACACACCAUAUCGAUAAGCCUCUGAGGUAUGAGCUGUUAGCAAGCUGUAUGCCAGACAUAGGACGCACCCGACCAUAAGACGCACCUAGUUUUAGAGGAGGGGAAAAAAAAUCUCUCCCUCUCUGCGCAGCGCUCCUUCAGCGAAGCGGAAGGAAAAGCGGAGCCCAUUCCAUUUCUCCUCCCGCUUCGCUGAAGGGGCGCUGCGCAGAGAGGGAAAGCUGUGCAGUGCCUCCCCAGCGAAGCAAAGCCAGGAGAGCAAGAGGGAUCGCUGCACACCGACCCCUCUUGCUCUCCUGGCUUCAGGGAUGGCCGCCUGAAGCCUCCGGAGCGCAGCCAUCCCUGAAGCCUGGAGAGCAUCGGGUGGCCAUCCCUGAAGCCUGGAGAGCGAGAGGGGUCGGUGCGCACCGACCCCUCUUGCUCUCCAGGCUUCAGCAUAAGCAAUGCGUUGCUUUCACUGAAGCCAUGGAGCCUGCAUUAACUCCAUAAGACGCACACACAUUUCCCCUUAAUUUUUGGAGGGGGAAAAGUGUGUCUUAUAGAGCAAAAAAAUACGGUAUGUGAACAGAAAAACAGCAGCAUGGCACAGGUUGGAUAAAGAGCUCCCACAUGUCUAGUACAGUUGACUAUUUGCUAUUAUUUUUCUUGUUGCAAAUGCUCCAGUGGAACCUUAUUACAUUACUUUCUUGGAAGCGAAAAAUACCUGUGUGUCCCUUUGUGUGGGAAAUGAGUAACACUUUUAAGAAAAUUACAGGGUAUUCGUACAGUUCUGUUCAAGCUGUGGGGUACUUCACGAGCAAAUGGGUUAAAGGCCUCGUCCUAAGAGACCUAUUCCUGGCCUCUGUGAAAAGUAGUGGGUGUUUGGCUACUCACAAAGGUGCAGAUUGCAGGUUUUGCUCUUAAAUGCAUGUUCCUUGUCUUCAAAAUUAUUGUAAGUACAAUGAGCUGCACUUGGGAGAGAUACAAGUCAAUAUCACUCUAACACACUGUACCUCGUUAGAAACAUUGAAAAGUGAGAAUUGCCAACCAAACUCAAUUCUAGCUCAAUAUAUAUAUAUAUCUCUAGAAUGUUCAGGUAGCAUGAAUCACUGGAUAAACCAGAGGGAGAAUCAGAUUAUAUUCCCACCCCCAUAUCCAAUUUGCUACAUUUCCUUAGGCAAGCCACUUAAGAUUGCCCUUCAGUCCUCGAAACAAGGGAAAGGAUUCUAUCUGUACUAAGUACCAGUAUUAUUGCUUAUUAUGAUGUUGACCCUUGAUGAUGCUUAACCGGGGAAAUCUAAUGCUCGCAGAUUUGCCAUCUCCUUUUCCCCAAUAUUGGCCAAGCGAUGGCCAUUGAGUGAAAAAUGGCUCCUUCUGUUAAAAAGCGCCGAAUGAAAAAGGUCAUCUGAAAAAGCUGCAGUCAUUCUACAUACUGAUUAUCCUGCAGACAGACUGCUACAAUUUAUUCCAUGGACACACCACGCAGUUAAAAUUAUGUAAGAAAUUCGUAGUUGCUUCAAAUUUACAGAGAAACAGAAUAAUAAUAAUAAUAAUGGAGGUGCCCCUGUACCAGCUUUUCACGCUGUCUUUAGAGAAGGCGUGAGCUAUAUAGGCCCAUGCAGCUCAAUACAGGAAGGAUGCUGUUUCCCCCUUGGAAAAUCCUGCAUCUAGCUCUUAAUUCAUGUAGGUAGCUGUGUUGCUCUGACACAGUCAAAAGAAAUAAAAAAAUUAAAAUUAAAAAUUAAAAAAUUGUCCAGUAGCACCUUAGAGACCAACUAAGUUUGUUCUGGGUAUAAGCUUUCGUGUGCAUGCACACGAGGGACACGGGUGGCACUGUGGGUUAAACCACAGAGCCUAGGACUUGCCAAUCAGAAGGCUGGCUUUUCGAAUCCCCGCGAUGGGGUGAGCUCCUGUUGCUCGGUCCCUGCUCCUGCCAACCUAGCAGUUCGAAAGCAUGUCAAAGUGCAAGUAGAUAAAUAGGUACUUCUCCGGCGGGAAGCUAAACGGCGUUUCCGUGCGCUGCUCUGGUUUGCCAGAAGCAGCUUAGUCAUGCUGGCCACGUGACCCGGAAGCUGUAUGCCGGCUCCCUUGGCCAAUAAAGCAAGAUGAGCGCAGCAACCCCAGAGUUGGCCACAACUGGACCUAAUGGUCAGGGGUCCCUUUACCUUUAAGGUGCUACUGGACAAUAUUUUUAUAUUUAAUUCUAGCUCUUAAAUUAGUGUUGUUUAGCAUUCACAAAUCCUCACCGCAUGUUUCAGAAACCUGGCUACCAGCUCCAUAUUAUCCCCAUUCCUGAGUAAACAUAAGAAAGGCUACCUUACAUUUGUCUGAAUACCACUCCCUACUAACAACCGAUUGAUAAACUUAAGAUCAAAUUGUCUGAUACCAGGGGCAGUGCAAAAUAACUUGCAUGACUGAUUCCACUUGUCUCUGUACACAGGGGCAUAGCCUCUCUAGGAGUGGUAUUUUUUGGAAUCUCCCGUGUUGCAUUGCCAAGAAUAGCACAUUCCGUCUCGCUAGCAUAUAGGCCCUGUGUUGAUUCGGGUUGGUCAAAAGGGAAAGGUAAGACGCCAUUGGCUGUCCCCCUCGCACCAAACCCAGACUUGCAAAUACACUAUUUCCGAUUUGGCUACUAAGUACUUGGAGUUUGUUGUCUAACAAUGUGCGUUUCAUUAUAUCAAAUGCAGAAUUUUUUGAUAAAGCCGUAUGGGGUGUCUAGUGAGAUUCCUAACAGCUGGAUUUUAUUAAACCAUUUAUCUAUCUAGGUUAGCACUGUCUGCACUUAUAUGCAGCCGGUGGUUCUCUAAUACCUCAGACAGAAGUCUUUCCCAAUCCUAACUGGAGAUGCCAAGGACUGAAACCAGGAACAUCUGCAGACAAAGCAUAUGAUCUAUUCAUUGACCUGCACACAGUUAAUGAUUACGAUACAAACAAAUGCUUUGAUGUUUGGAGUUGCAUUCUCCCCCUGGAACUUUUGAGCAUUCCCUCUCUUCACGACAUAGCCCAAUUUACGUUUCAAAUGUCCAUCAGCUUCGCUAGAAUUUUGCCGUCCAGUACAGAAAGAGAUCAUGCUGUUUGAGAAAAACAUAUUUGAAGGGGCCUUCUAAAUUCCGUGUUUCUUUAGAUCCCAUCAUUUUAUGCCGCCUGAGAACAGAACUGCAGUCUAAGGAUGUUCAAAGUACAGGCAGGAUAUAAAACAAGAUAAAGGAUCACAGAGACAAGAGUAUACUAGCACAGGCCACAUCUGAGAAUUAUCUCGUGCUUUUUGAAGCUUGUGCAUCAUACCCAAGAAUCAAGCAUUCUACCUCUUUUCUCACCCACGAUACCACCUUUUGACUUCUCCAUAUUCAUCUGAAAAUCUAAACGCAGCCCACACACAGUCUCCGUUACAAGCUUCAGAUAAAAAUGUGGAAAAGUGGGUAUGAGCUGAUUCCCAGUCCACUCCCUGUCUUCAGCAAAAGUCUGGAAAGGACUUCAUAUUAGAUAACUCACACCUGAGAAGGAAGCAACAUGAUUGAAUAACUAGAAGGAAGCAACAUGAUUGAACAGAACAUCCUUUAAGUAAAACCACACUUUAACUCUUACCACCUACUCCAAGAAGUUCAAGUUAUUGUUACGAUGGGUUACGAUGACAAAAUCUGUCACCUCCACCUGCUUUGCAAAUUGUAUACACUGUCAUUGUAAUGGUACAUACAGAUUAUCUUGUCUGCAUGAUAUGACACCGAAAUUUCCACAGCUGACAUCAAAGGCAGCUUUUUUAAAAAAAGGCUUCAGUGCCAAAAUUUGCAAACCUUUGUUCACACCAUGUAAAGGUAAAGGUAAAGGUACCCCUGCCCGUACGGGCCAGUCGUGUCCGACUCUAGGGUUGCGUGCUCAUCUCGCUCAAGAGGCCGGGAGCCAGCGCUGUCCGAAGACACUUCCGGGUCACGUGGCCAGUGUGACGAAGCUGCUCCGGCGAGCUAGCACCAGCGCCGCACACGGAAACGCCGUUUACCUUCCCGCUAUAAAGCGGUCCCUAUUUAUCUACUUGCACUUAGGGGUGCUUUCGAACUGCUAGGUGGGCAGGAGCUGGGACCGAACGACGGGAGCUCACCCCGCUGCGGGGAUUCGAACCGCCGACCAUACGAUCGGCAAGUCCUAGGCGCUGAGGUUUUACCCACAGCGCCACCCAUGUCCCCUGUUCACACAAUGUAUUUUCACUUAAAUCCAUAGAAUUGCUGAAAAGUACAGAACCUUGAAGGUUCAGGUUCUUUUUGGCUUGGUUAAGAUUUAUUGGGAAAUUAUUGUUUCUGAUAUUAGAAAGAACAACCUUUCUGGAUGGUGCAAGUAUUAAACCCUAGUGAUGCUGAUGAGAAGGAACAUUCUUAAAUUUCUGGACAUUGUAGAUUUGCCUUGCUUUCGUGUUUUUUCAUUUUGCAAUUGUGUGAUUUGUAUUCGUACUGUAUUGUAAUUGCCAUUGGCUAUAAACAAUAAAAUUGAUUGAAUUGAAUUGAUAUUAGAACGAGCUGCUGUGAGCCUCAUGCUGACAUGAGCUCCCCUCCUCUGCUGAACCUAGCACAGUGCCCUGUUACAUUUGAAUUUAGGAACUGUGGCUUGCUUAAACUAUGUUUAGUGAAAAGAAUCCAGGAUUAAACCGGUCUUGGAUAGAAAACUGUGCUCAGUUCAAAAUCAAUAGCAGUUCCUCCUUGAGAUAACAAAAAUGAGGAAGGGAGAGAACGUGAACUGAAGGCUUACUGUGGUAGAAACUGAUUUCUGACUUUGUCAUGAAUCAUAGUUGUGCCAAGUGUUUUUUUUCUACGUAUGCAUACCCACCUAAACAUUUUGUGAAUCUAAGUUUCGCCUCAUUGAGGGGCAGUAUUUCAAUAUGAGUAGGAAAAUGAGAGUACCCCUAAACAUUUUAAAAGAAAAAACAAAACACCAGCUGUGCUUAUCUUACAUUGAAACAAGUUCUGCAAAUCCCAGAAACAUUAAUCAAGAGGCUCAAAUUCAGAAUGUGUAAUAAUGUAUUGAUUAUUGUUACAAUUUGGGCUUGCAUAUUCGCUGUAAGAAUAAUCGAUGCAUAAUAAAUUACAGAUUCUGAUACCCAGCUUCUAGAUUCAUUUUAUGCCAUUUUUUUUUAGCCACAAAAAGAAAAGAUAGCAAGGUGUUAAAUACAACGAAAACACCAUAUAGCAAAAGCUGGGAACUUAUGAUUACAACGUAGAACACUUAUUUUUUCAAAAUCUUCUAGGUACUUAUAAUUUCCCCAUAGAUGCUGUCCCACACAUCACGUGGAUCUUUUGUUCUCGACUUUUAUUAGAAACACAGUUUCUCUUUGGGGCUGUAUUGCAAGGGAAAACAACAUGCUGUACAGCUUUUAAAAGGACGGGCUUUUCAUUAGGAUCAGAAAGAAAGAGAUCUCUUCUCUGCUUGGGAAUACACUCAACAGCACAAGUUUUAGAAGUUUGUUACAAAUUGUUCUGAGGGAGUGGCAUUGCACAAACAUAGUAGCAAACAUAAUUAAUAGAAAUGAAGUUAUUAAGAAUUGCCUGGAACGAGGGCAAAGCUCAUGAACACCUGCUUUGGAUCUUAAUUUUGUUUUAAUGAGCCAGUAGUAAGACUUUGCCAACAAAAAAGGUGGAAGAAGAAUAAGGGGGGGAAUCAAUUUUGGAUCAAUACUGUCACAAAUGUUUCUUAUUAAAGCCGUCUGUCCUCGGAGCAGGAUUAAGUGAUUGGUUACUUUUAUAAGAGUUUGUCUUAAAGCUUCCAAGCAAAAACCACCAACAAACACGUAUAAAGUUUCAAAUACGAUCGGUUUAGCAAAUACAGUAUUAGAAUACUUUUGUGAAAGCCAUGUUGAUUCUUCACUUCUACAAACAUAUGAAUCUGCAAGCCUUCUUUCCGUGUUCGUUUUUCAACGGGCAAGAAAAUAUUAAUUGAGGGAUAGAUAGCUCACAAUGAAAAUGCCCUGAAACAUUUAUCGAGAUAGCUAUUCUAGGGAAAGACAGCUUUCAAAAACUGUAUGUAAUGUUUUCCAUUAUUAAAUCCACUUGCUGGGAGAAUAGUAAGAUUAACCAGUUGCAAAAUGUUCACAUAGCCCUAUAUUAUUUUAAGCCAAACACAGUUAUCUCAAGUAUUACUUAAAAAAUAUUAAGAUGUCCAGACACCAAAGAAUUGUCAAAUACAAGGACAGAUACACAUUUUACACUAUUGCAAAUUCGGAACAGCCAACUUAUGUUUUAGUGUGAGGUACUUAAUUUCAUUUUUUUUUGGCGGGGGGUAGCGUGUUUUCCAAUAGAAAGGUGACUAAGAAUUUUUAUGAACUGAACAUGAACAGGAAGCUUGAAAUGUACUAUUUUUACACAAAUGAGUGAAAAAACAUAUUGCUCCCCCAAAUAAUACAACUGUCUACUAUAUGGCAACAAAUGAAAGCAUUUGUUUACAGAACUCUGAUUUGCACUUUUUCUAAUCAAACACAUAUAUUUUAUGAUAGGAAAGAGCAAUGAAAAGAAGUGGGGGGGUCCCAAAGAGUAAUUUGUUUUCAAUUUUUUAACAUGAACAUUUUUUAAAUUUUUAGAAAUUAAAAAAAUGUGUAUCAUCCUUAAGUCCCUACAACCCAAAUUCUGGCAAUAUUUUUCAUUUUACUUUUCAUCAUAUAGACACAUAUAGAUAAUUAGGUCUAAUAUAGCAGGAGCAACUAGUUAUUUAUCCUACCAGGAAAAAGGGCUGUAGGUUUAAUAAACCUAUUGUAAAUAUGCUUACACUGAACUAUAGAAUCAUUUGAAAAUAAGAAAGUACUGUUGCUUGAGCAGUUAUGUAAGUAAGCUAGGCUUUGCUUGCACACAGAUAGUUGAGUCUUAAUAACUGGAGGGUAUCAUAUCGAUGUUUUACAGAACAAUCCCAUACAUGUCUACUCAAAAGUAAGCUCCACUUAGUUUAAUUGGGCUUGCUCCCAUGAAAACAUGCACAGAGUUUCAGUCUCAAGCAAGGUAUUUCAUCAAAUGAAACAUCUAUAAUGUUUCUGUUACAAAAAAGGAAAUUCUAACACUAUUUGCACACACCUUUCAUAAACACUUUCUCAGCAAUAUUCUGUGUUUUCCUUACUGGGAAGUAAUGUUAUACUAAGAUUCCGAGAAACAGACAUAUUUUAAGGCUUAGAAGAAUGGGUAUUCACUUUUCAAUCCAGCCUACUUCCCACUCAAACACUCAAUUAACCGGACGUGGAUCAAAAUAAAGUUUCAUAUCUACAGGUUUUUCCUUAAUAGUUUACUUUGCCGGCUAUAAUUCAGAGCGUAAUGCUUUAAGGAACUUUUAAGCAUAUGACCUUUUGUAACUUGUUUUUACACUUGGCUGUACAUUUUAAUAUCCUUUUAAAUAACAUUUUAAUCAAUGCUAAUUAGGCAUAACCACCUAAAGAUGCAAAAAAUAAAGAAAAUAAUACAUCUUGGCAAUGUUAUGAGUCGAUAAUGAAAACCUUACUAAGGAGAAACUUUUCCAGGCAAUCUGAAAACGUACCAGCCAACACACGCACAAACAUAUAUCUAGACAACAGGCUUAACGGCACAGAAAUAUACGUAUAUACAUAAGCUUUCUGAAAUUAAAGUAAAAGUAAUGGCAAGUCUUUGUCUUUCACCUCCCGUUGCCCCCUCAAAAAACACCCUUUCCCAAUCACCUAGCAACAUCUGUCGCUGCUGCUGCUGCUGCUUUCGAUUCUCAAUAGGCAGUCUUCACAUUCAAAGAUGUAACUGAGCCAACGGAGAAAAAUUGCAGGUGUAAAGCAAGCAAACGGACAAAAUUCAGGUGGAUUUUAUUUUUAUGUCACAAAAAGAACACCCACAAAAAUUGGCAUUUCCUACCUUUCUUCUGAGAGUAUGAUGGCGAUUGCCCUUGAGAAAAAGUAGGCUUUUCUUCGGUGAAAUAUUCAGGUUGGUUGUACUGAUGCAGGGCCACGUCCAUGUCGGAGUACUCACUUUUAAAAACGUUUCCAGGGUAACUACAGGUAUACGGCUGAUUCACCGCCCAGGCCUGUUCCAUAUAGAUGUUAUUAUUGUGUAGGACCUGAGCAUCGCAACUGCUGUAACUCUGACUAUCUUCGAUAUAAGUGCAAUAAUCAGAGGGCUGCAUGUAGCAGUUGCUGCUGGCAGCCGGGCGAGCUUCAUAUAUUUCUUGCAUACAGUAGUUCAUUUUGCUAUCCUAUCGUCAGCCUUAUAUUUUACAUAUGCACACAUGCGCUCACAUGCAUAUACACACGGAAGCCUGCAUACGCAUGGGGUGGGCAAGAGAGAUGAAUACGCAACACCCAGGAAAGUCGACCGCAAAAUUGUAUGUUUAACUUUAGAGCGGUGCCCGAUGUGCUAAUACCCUAUUUAUAUUAGGGAUAGACUGAGAGCUCUCCUGCCAGUCAAACAUAUUGGAAAGCAGAUUUAUAACAGUCAAAGGUCUUAAUCUGUGACUGUAUGUUAAUUCCUUUGAGAAGAUGGCAGGUAACAUUGGCCACCAGACAAAGAGGCAAUGCCCAGACAACCCCACCGUUCCACGAGUUUGGGGGGUGGAAUAAUAAUUUUAUAAAGCUACUUCUGUCUCCUUUCAGUAUGAUUAGAAAACGAUUACAAAGGCAAGGACACAGAAAUGCCCCUGGUGUUGUCAACUUAAGUGUGAAGCAUCACAAAGUACACUCAGGAAAUCCUUGAGACGAUAUGUUCAAAAUCCAAAAAUCAAUAAUCCUGGUUUUCAGCAUUAACUCCUAGAAAAUCCAAUAGUGCUAUGUUGAUGACUCAAGCAGUAUGUCCCGUUUUGCAAAAAUUUAGCGUCUAAAUCUGUCAUCUGCUUUAUUGAUUUUGAUUGACAGAAUGAUUUGCGUAAACCUUUCAUGCCUUACAUACACAUAGGCCAAACUCCCCGCUGCUCACUAAUUUAACACAUUUGCAAGAAAGCAGCUUUUUCAAACUUCAGUGAUUUCAGUAAGCAAUUUUUAUUGAAUUCAACAGGUGGGAAAUUUCAAAACAAGCCAUCUUAAUCAGCAACAGAAUAGUGCUUAAAUGUUAAAGUUAAGCUUAAUUGGUUUGCCAGUUACAUUUCAUUAAAUUGCUUUUUUCCUAUGAUUCAAUAAUGAAGAGCUGGCUGUUUCUACAUCUGUCUCAUUCACACACUUAUGCUACAAACAUUUCAAAAUCAUUAUGCAAGGCAGUCGAUAAUUAGAUAAAGCCUCCUCAACUUUAAAAAUAAGAAUGUCUCACAUUCAUUUCAGGUCACACACAAGCUCUUAUAACCAGCAUUUAAAAUAAAGGUCUCAAGUAAUUUUAAUGAAUGCCACUAUUACAGUAACAGUGCAAAACUUCUUACAAUUUUUGUUGUUUUUCUUGUUUCGCUGGCAUCAAACAGUUCUCCGAAAAUUUGAAAUUUACUCAAUUAAUAGGGUUUAAAGGAGUGACAGUAAACACAAAAGAAUGACUGCAUAUAAAUCAGCAACUAUGUUUUCAAAUGCUUUUAGAAAGAAGUUUAUCAUACUUCUUCCUUCUUUUCCCUGACAACUGUCAUAAUUUGGGGGGGGGGGGGAACUGCUUUGCUAACUCUUCAGAAGGACAAAACCAUAGGCUGUCCAAUAAGAAUCUUAAGGCAUUAUUUUCGGUCUAUUAUUACAGUCGGGUUUUCAUUUGCAUGCGCCAAAAUGAACAAGGACAACUCUUGAGGGGCACUUCACAUGGAAUAAAGUGAGUGUCAAAAAUUGGGAGCUUGUCAACCUUACUUUUUAUAGGCUCAGAUCCAGAGAUGUUCCUGCUCACAGAAGGUUCAGCCUCCUGAUUUUGGGCGAUCCCCUUCUUCCCCUUUAACACACUUGUGUGUCUGAAUGUUCACCCCUUUCAGAAAGGUCACCCGACUCUCAGAAGAGAUAUUGCGAAGGACUGGGGGGUACUGCAGAUGGACAAGGGGAUCUCUGGAUAUAUUUUUUUAAUGAAGGUUAUCCAACAACGUCUAAGGUGUAACUACUUUCCACUAUGGAUUUUUGUGCCUGAUAGCCAUUCUACAUCGGAGGUACAGUGGAUUAAAACCAUUUAUUGUGUGUUGUUUUUCACAUUUAUAUUUAAUUUUGAAAUAUUUAAAUCAAGAGUUUUUAAUUUAAAAAUGUAUAUCAGGGCCUGCUUCUUUUUUUUUACAAAAGUAAAUAAAUAACUUGGUAUACAGUUAUUUAUCCAUCUCCCGUUUCUGACUUUUCCACUAAUAAGUGUUUACUAAAAGCUCAAGAAUGUUAAGGUUUCACUUUGACACCAAACACUGUCCUUCAGAAACGUUUCCUGUUCCAUUUCAGUUUAUUUUACGCCAAGACAUCUUUCCUGAUUAUGUCGUUGUUUUCUUCUGUUUUAAUAAAAAUAAUAAUAUUGACACUAAAUAAAUCAGGAUGAUUUUCUCUUCCUAGUCUGUGGACAUGACAUAUAUGUUUGAUUUGUUGUUAAGCUUUUCUGUUGGGUAUAAGCAAGAUAUAUUUAUUUAAAAGCACUGAUAUUCACCUAAUAUAUGAUCCAUGUAGGCAGGCGGGCAGUCAAUCAACUUGAGAUAUUUUUGGGAGUGGUUACUUCAGAAGAUUGAAGUUCUGUAUAAAAAUAAAAUAAAAAACCAAGCAAGUAAUCCUUUGCCUCCUGCAGGGAAAGUAGAUUGGUUGACAUGACUGCACUCAACAUCACUUGAGUUUUUCCAUCCACUUCCAAGCGAAGUGGAGUGCUCUUUGUGUGCAAUGCACAUGUAUAAUGCGGCUGAGAUUUAGAAAACAUCUACCAACCAACAUGUUUCUGUUUUCUAUUACAGUGGUAUCUCUGGUUGCGAACGGGAUCCGUUCCGGAGGCCCGUUUGCAACAUGAAAAGCCCGCAACCUGAAGCGCCUUAUCUGCACAGCUGCGCAGCGCAAUAUGGCGCAUGCACGAAGCGCAAUUUGGCGAUACUGCGCAUGCGUGAGCAGCGAAACCCGGAAGUAACCCUUUCUGGUACUUCUGGGUCGCUGUGGGAUACAACCUGAAGAAACGUAACAUGAAGCAAACGUAACAUGAGGUAUGACUGUACAACAAAGGAACCACACACACACACACACACUUCAGUUUAAAUACAGAUGGCAUGAUUAAGCCAAAGUUAAGUCUUUCUGAAUUCAAUGGGAAAGUUAACCCAACGUCCAAUUCUCACCUAUUGAAACAGUAAGGUGGUACCCAAAAUAGUGCUUAGCUUAGUAAUUCCUUCUGCAAAUGGAAUGGCUUCUGCUUGCGCACUGGGAAUUUGCCCUGCUCUCCCCGCCUCCAUGCAUUCCUAAAAUUGGUUCUGGAGAUUCCCUGAACCUUCUGGAGCACUGGUUGGGGAUGGAGGACUGAGCAAAGAGAAAGUUCUGCUGCACAAGUGGAAGCUGUUCCACACACACAAUUAUUUACUUGGAUACUGCCCAGGAGGACCUUACCGUGCUUAAAUUUAGCUGGAUGGUGUCCUGAAUUUUCUAACCAUUAGUUGCUAUAUUUUUUUUUAAAAAAAUGUGAAGUACUAACAGGAAAUAGGGGCAAUGGUGUUAUAGCAAGAAAUUUUAAUACUUCUAAAGAUUGCCAUUGUGAAAUUGUUGUUGCAGUUUACUUUUCUUGGGAAUAUUUAUACCAAACAAAUAAUUAUUAAUAUUCCAGUAUCUAGAUAAGACAGGGGUCAGCAAACUUUUUCAGCAGGGGGCUGGUCCACGGUCCCUCAGACCUUGUGGGGGACUGGACUAUUUUUUUUGGGGGGGGGGAAUGAAUGAAUUCCUAUGCCCCACAAAUAACCCAGAGAUGCAUUUAAAAUAAAAGCACACAUUCUACUCAUAUAAAAACACCAGGCAGCCCCCACAAAUAACCCUGAGAUGCAUUUUAAAUGAAAGGACACAUUCUACUCAUGUAAAAACACGCUGAUUCCAGGACCGUCCGUGGGCCGGAUUUAGAAGGCGAUUGGGCCGGAUUCGGCCCCCAAGCCUUAGUUUGCCUACCCAUGAGAUAUGACAAAAAUGGUGCAUCACACAUUAUUUGGUAUAUCGCAUGAGCUAAAAUGAUACACAUCAAGUGCCAAGGUACAGCCAUAGCUGGGAAUAUCAUUUAAGAUUUUUUUUAUCGGCAUCUUUGUGGGGAUGAGUAUAGAUAAAACUCGGAAAAGGAAAACUAUGCAUUUGUUUUCCAGAACAAAUAGCUAUAUGCCAUUAAUAACAUACAAAUACAAAGUAAAGAGGUAAAUAAAUUAAACCUUGUGUGGACUGCACACAAGAAGUGAGCUUAUUUUAAAUAGACAUUUGUUAAUUACGCAACUAAUUGGUAGUACCUGAAAGCUGUAUAUCAAGUCUGUUUAAAAUACAAUAUGUGGGACCAACUUGCUAUAAAGCAUAUUUGCUGAUCUAUAAGAUACGAGAUAGAAAAGGGAGCUGAAAUUAUUAUACUCAUUUUACUUAGACAUUCAACACACAGACCAUUCAACAAGCUCUCAGGGCCGUUUCAUUUAGGUAAUUCAAUAAAUUAUCAAGGUGACUUCAAGCAUCAAAAUAGAACAAACAGUUAACUAGAGUAUGAAACACAAACAACAAUUUAAAUAAACUACACAAGUUUCAACAGAACUGGCUCUCCUCAGAGCAUUCAAGAAAGGAACCUGAAAACUAAAAUGAAAUGAAAUAUUUCUGAAAUGUACUGUUCUUAGCAGAACAAGACUGCAAACUGAAUUAAUUUUACAUCGGUUUGAAAAAGAACAAUUGAUUUAGUUCUUAGUUAUGCUACAGCAAUUGCUGUAAACGCACAGACCGCUGAAGGGAAAUCAAUAGUCACAAUAUGGAGUAGAAUCUGUUAAUGUUUUGCUCUCUCAAUUAAUGUUCUCUGAUGCUCUAAUUUUUUAUGGGGACACGUAAAAAUAUUUUUAAUGAAUAUAUCAGGAGUACUUUUGCUAAGGGGACAAACUUUUAUAUUUUUACUGCGUAAGGGCUGAGCCACAUGACAAAAGCUGGUAGUAUAACAAGGAUAAAACAUUUGACAAGAAAAUACUUCUUAAAAAUGCUUGCUUAAACAAGAACUGAAGUGUAUGACGUUUCCACUUGAAAUAUGUGAAUAUUUCAGAUCUGAAUGGAAAAUUUGGUACUGUAGACAGUUACCGUAGAAACGUAGGCUGCACCAUCACUGUUAAAAUUAAAACGACUUUCAAAGAUGCUUGAGGAAAUCUGCAGAAUUUGACCCUUAAGAUACAGCUGUAGAAGUAUAGCUUUUUUAUUUUAAAAGAAGUAUUUCAAAGUUCUGCCAUCCUUACUUGCAUAAUACAACGGUUGUUGUACACUGUGCGGCAUUGUCUAUGUGGUAUAUGGAAAUAUGUGGUACAAUGGAAAAAGAAGAUGUAAUAUGGCAGCAAUGAUAAGAUACUUUUAUAACUGUUGGUUGGAAGACUUGGCACAGGUGUGAGGAGAUCAUUACAGUGGUACCUCGAGUUACAUACGCUUCAGGUUACAUACGCUUCAGGUUACAGACUCCGCUAACCCAGAAAUAGUGCUUCAGGUUAAGAACUUUGCUUCAGGAUAAGAACAGAAAUCGUGCUCCGGCGGCGCGGCGGCAGCGGGAGGCCCCAUUAGCUAAAGUGGUGCUUCAGGUUAAGAACAGUUUCAGGUUAAGAACGGACCUCCGGAAUGAAUUAAGUACUUAACCCGAGGUACCACUGUAUUGUCUGCUCUAUUUUUGACAGAAGUUGUCACCUUUUUGUGCAAAUGUAGCAAAAAUUGCAUCACCCGCACAGAAAGGUGAGGCAUCAGCAGACUCAAGAGUAAGCUAAGGUUAUCAGGAGUGAAAAAUAAGCUUUAGGAGGAAAAGUCUACUCUCUGGCCUAUCAAAAAAAUUAGUUCCAUGAUCUGUGGAAACUCACACCUGACUUCAGGUGCCGGAUUAGCCCUGGUUUUACUCAUAUAACAGGGUUUUUUAAAAAAUAAAUAAAUAAAUGGCAAGCUAACUACGGUGAGGUAAUUUGCCGCAAAGCAUCUGGAACAAUAAAUGGCACCAACAGCAAUUUCACAAAUAUAUCGGCUUUUAUGUUCAUUUCCCAAGAUUAUACAGAAUGGGAAUUAAAAUGUAGAAGGUUCUUUAAAAUACAAAGCAUAAUGGAUGGUAGGAGGACAUAGGUUCCUGAAUAACUAUGGCAAUUCAUGAACUAAAAGGCUGCAAUUUCCAUUUGGAGGGCAGAACAUGUUGUCCAGAAGCUAUCCACAGCCCAAUAUGAUUUUGCACGUGUUGGAAAUGUACUUGUUCCUACACAGAAAAAGCUUGGUGAAUUAAAAGAUACCAGGGGCUCACAACUUGCCACGGUCGACUUUGCACUCCUGAGCUCCAGGAUUGAUGCAAAGAGUGGGGGGCUUGCUGUUUUGGUGCUCUGUUGUCACUCCCUGCUCUGGCUGGGAAGGUUAAAUGUGACUACUGAGGGACUCGGAAUAUGGCUACUAUUAGGCCCGGCCUUUCCUUCCAGAGCUGGAGGGACAGGUGGGAGUUGAGAUGGCCAUUUUGGGUGAUGGGCACUAUGACCUUUUGCCAAAACAUACCAAGUGUGGAGCUGGAGGACAGGAUUGCAUUGGGCUUCCAAGGUCCACCAAAACCCUUUGUAACUGCAAGGAAGCAGCCUGUCCUUCACCUCCAGACGGUAUGCUGGGACUGGCUAAUGGAGCAUGGCGGUGUACGCUUUGUUAAUUUCCCUAGGGAGCUUCCGGGGGUUGCCCAACCUAGGAUGCGGACUACGGGAGGUAUUCCACUAAGCUGUGCUCAGAGUAGACUGACUGAAAUUAAUCAACCUAAUGAAGACAUUUUGAUUCAUUUCAAUGGGUUUACUCAUUGAAUACAACCCACAGCCCCCAUCCUAGGUUGGGGAAAAUGCUCCUUUAGGGUUUGGAGGAAUGCCUACUGUUUCUGCUCCCUUCUUUUACCAUUCAAGGUAAGUUUCUGAGCCCUGUGGCAAGGAAAGAGAGAGGUGAUAGCAGUCAUUUCAUGAGUAUUCUAAAGUUUGCGCAUCAUCCCUACAUUCAAUUACAUCUGACUGCAACACUGGGAGGGGAGGCAGCUUGCGGCCUGCAAGAUGCUCCUUUCUCUUAUUAUUUUCAUAUCCUCCUAUUAUUAUAAGAUCAGAUACCAUUAUUCAUUUAAAAAGUAAACCUCGGUGACUGCUGAAAGACAUAUAGACAAAAUAGCAGGAAAGACCGGGAACAAAGAUGAAGGCAAUUCAGCUUUUCCGUUUAUAAAGUACGGGGGGAAAUUGCACAUUUAAAGGUUGUAAUGUAAACAUAAGAAUUUUGUUGAAUAUCUAAUGGUAUCCAUGGCCAGGAAAAUAUGAUCCAAAUUGAAUCAGCUACAAUUGGUUUAAUUUGCAAUGAAGAGGCAAUAUCAAUAGCAUGAGCCUCAGAAGGAUGGGGAGAUGAAACCGUCAAGUUAUUCAAGAUAGUGGCCUGGCUCAGAUAUGUUAACAAUCAUGGUUUGUUGGUACAAGCACAAACUUCAGAUUCGCACACACAUACAAAUACACACACACACACAUGGUCUCUUUUGCACAUGACAGGAAGUUUCCACUUUUUGAUAAGCUGCAGUUUCCUAAGGAAGUUGUGGUUCUUGCCAAUGAACAUGUGCAAGCUUUUUUGAACAAAUUAAAAAAACCUGAUUUAAUGAGGUGCUGCGAUGAAGCAACAGCCUAUAGUAGGAGUACCCAGUGUGGUACUACCAGAUGUUCUGGACAACUCCCACAGCUCCAGUCACCAUGGUUCAUGGCCAGGGAUGAUGGGGUUGUAGUUUGCAACAUGUGGAGGUCUCUACAAUGGCUACCAUGGGGCUAUAGAUUCUGAUAAAAUCUUCCUAGCACUGGCCCCCGUGGCCAAACGUCCAACUGUGUUUUUGAAGGGUCCUUGUAGGGGCAGAGAAAAGAUGGGGAAAAGUUCUCUUCUGCUUACUUGCACAGAAUCCAGUGGGCCUUUUUAGUGCAUAGAAGCCAUGAAAUCCAGUUACUAUUGGAUGACAAGUUCCGCCUGCUUCUUGUGUGAGCAAUAGUGCUUUAGCUGCAAUAGCAGUUAGUAAGUGGACCACCACCCUUUUAGAGUACUAGUGUGCUAGCCCAUGGAACCUAUUUUCAAGCAAACACAUUUAUCAUCGCAUACGAUCCGCACGCGAACUGAAUACCCAAAUCUACAGUAUGCACUGCUUUGGGUUUGCUGGUUUCCAUGUCUUUAUUUCUGCUAAGCGCAAACAGCACUUUAGCUGCGCUCAGAAGGUAUAUUUCUUGCAUAUUUGUGAACUACACUUUGUGUCUCUUAGUUACAGAGUGCAUAAGCCCAUGCCACCUGAAAGCCACUUCAUACACUCUUACUCUUUUUUCCAACACAGAAGUUAACAAUACUGUUAUAAAAGCACAUUCAGUAAAACCUAAUGCACAAAGGACAGAUACCUUUGUCUUGUCCACAUGUAGGAUGUGGUAACUCAGGGCAGAAAGGAAGCUUUUGAUGUCCAUGUACACUUUGCAUUAAACAUGCUUUUCCUGAUCUGACUAUUUCGUUUACAGCACAAUCCUAUACAUAUCUACGCAGAAGUAGGCCCCACUGAUUUUAAUGAUACUUGCUUCCCAGUGAGCAAUAUAGGAUCGCAGCCUUAGUAUCAUAAAAGCAGCAUUGAACGUUACACCUUUUAAAGCUACAGGUAUUGUUGUUACGUGCAUCUCUAAAGGGGAACAAACGCUAAAGAGCCGACUGAAAAUAGUCCCAUAUAAGAUGUAAUAUUCAUCUGAUAUAUAUUAUAGCUUGCCGUAAUAUAUUAUUCAGUUUCUCCAGUUUCACACCGAUAAUUAACAGAGCACAAGAGACAUAAUAAACCGGGAAUAAUAGACAAGUGACUUCAGAGAGUAUUUGAACCAUGUCAAUUCCUAUGUUAUUUCUAAGCAACUAAAUGGCAAUAUCUUACUAUUAGAUUAUAAUUUGUAGAAAUAAAACCAUGUAUCUCCAUGGAAAUGAGGGCAUAUACCUAGGGAUGGUUUUUCACUGUAAGAUUCUAUCAAGGCUCCUACUUUGGAUGGUUAGAUUCUGCAGAUCCCGAGAAUUAACAAUCGUCUACAAGACAUGAUAGGACUAAAUGCAACUUCUCCCACAACUAUGAUGUAGAAAACUGAUUUUACCACAGUUCUCUCCUUAACACAACUUCUAGAGGUACAGGGGUCCUCCAUAAAAGUUAGAAGGGUCCUGUUCCCCUUACAGAAAGCCCAAUAUGUUCCUAAGGAAAAACCACCAAUUACGCUAAAGAUGAAAGAAAAUAGUUACUAACUAAUAUAAAACGCACCAUAUACAUUGAUGCUCCACUGAGAUAAACCAGGCUUGUGACCACUGAUAUGCGGAUUAUUGGUUAUAAGUAAGACCAACUGACUUAUAUUUUCAAGGCAUUUGCUUUGCUAAACUGACCUGCUAGUUCAUUUUUCACAAAUCCUAAAUUUCUCAAAGUGGCACUCUCUCAUUUUUAUUUUCCGUUAACAGCUGCAUGAAGCAAGCUAGCUGACUGUUUUGAAACAAACGCGAAGGCAUGCAUUUAUAAAAAUACCCAGUUAGCGAAAAUCUCACUUCAAAGCCUGUUUUCAUACAAUUUUCAAAAGCUAGCUUCAACCGUCUUAAUAAAUGGAAUAGCCCCGUGUGCAAGGCCACCAAAUUCAUUAGGCUCACAUGUGUCUAGCCACAUGUUAAUAGAUAUUAGCUAAUUAGACUGCUUAUCACUUCACAAUUCUUAUUUAUCCUCUUUGGGGUAAAAUGUUUUCUUACAUUUAGCAAUGAAACAGGAUGGAAAAUAACAGAAGCCUUGGUGGAACUGUCUGGGAGUCUUCUGACAGCCCUCAGUAAGAUGUUAAAGCGAUCAACACCUGACAUCUGUUAGCAAGGAGGCAUUCUGAGGUAAAGGGCUCCCAAAUCUGAAGAAAUCAGGUGCUUAAACCAGUUUAACUUUUUCAUGAGGUGAUAGCCUUUGUGACAUUAUAAUCUUUCCUCCUGAUGUGACGCAAGGAUUUAAGUAGAAGAAAACAACUACUGGGCCCCUCCUUUCACAGCAGGAGACAAGAGACUUCUUUUUUUAGGCACGAACAUUAACAGAUUAUAUACUCCAGUGAAAAUAAAAUAGGCAUAUAAAUGAAACACCACUUCUGUUGCCAAAAGGAUAAAAUAAUUACAUCUUUCAAGGCUGUCUGCAGGUGGAAAAACAGAAUAGAAAGGACACAAUAUACUCUUGCCAGCUCACUGCUUAUUAACAUUCAGCCAGUAAACAAACUGACCAUAAAUCUGAGGAGAAAAACAACUAAUUGAAUUAUAUAUCCAUGAUGCUAGAAAGUGAUAGGGUGUAUUUGACGCUUCUACUUAGCAUUUGCUUUCUUAAAGAGGAAAAAUAACACUAAAAUAUAUGCAGCUGAACAUGUAGCCACUCUAAACAGUAAAACAAUAGGCAAGACAAAUUAAAAUAAUGAUUGCUUGAAAAAAAUAAUGUUGAUGAUUACUAUAGCUGCUAUUAAUAUGAUACAAUAUACUGUUUACGGCCUGACUAGAUCACAUAUAACCUGAAUUAUAAAGAUCUGCUACACUUUGCAUAAUAAUUUCAAUUACCUUUACAUUUUGUCUCUUGCAUUUGGUAUUCCUUGACAUUUGUUAUGCCUUCAACAUUCAUAUCUGUGUGGCCUGGCAGGAUCACUGAGCUAGUCCAUGCUCUCGAAGCAUGCAGGAAUUGUGUAGGCUGGUGUCCGAUUCUCAGCACAUUGCUACUUUCACAGUGCCUUUUCUUACAUAAAUGCCUGUCUGUUAUGUCUAGGACAUUCCAUUUAUAUUUUCUGCCAGGAAAGUGCAUCAGCCCAUCCCAGGAUGGAAGGCCAUGUUCUGGAGGCUUGACAAACACUGGUUGACAAGCGGUUGGCAUUGCCAAGAUCUUGUUUAGCUGUGGAGUUCUGGAAAGCAAAUGUUCCCCCACUUCUCUCGAUCGGGUGGAAUUCACAUGCAUCGCCCCCUGAAUGCACCGGUAGAAGAACGCAGAGGUUUUCCAGCAAUGCACUUUCAGCCACCAUGGUCAGUUUCCAUUCGGUGCGGUUAGACACAUCGGUUUCCCUUCUACGAAAUCCAGCAAAGGCAGUGAGGUUUAAUUGUGCACAGGUAGAGCCAACGGAUGCAACUUUCGCCAGCGCCACGUCUAGAACGUGGGCCCUGGGCAAGUUACCAUCAAUUUAUUGCCUUGCUCCUAUGAUCAUUUGAGGUCUUGUGGGUCGAAGCUGGUCAUGAACAAUUUUCAGAUGCUUAAAACACAAAACAUCAAGGAUUCAGCCUUGUUUGACUUUGUUCUUAUUGUAGGCUGACCUGAGGGACACUCUGUUACCUAAGGCCAACAUUCUUAUGUGGGCACGCUUAGCAGUUCCGGUCCUGCUACUAUUGCCUCUCUCUGCUCGGCUUUGUGGCCGCAAGAUGGAAUCAGGUGCCACUCCUACCUUGAGGGUUUUAACCCUGCUGGCCUUACGCACGUAGCAGGCAGCAGCAAUGUAGAGCAUCUCGCAGAGUUUUGACUUGCUAAAGUGUAUUCAGCUACACGCUGCCAGAGGUAGUGGGAUGUUGUAACCCAACAGCAAUGUAUGUAUGAAAAAAAAAUUACAUGAAAGAUACCCUGUGUAAAGGUCUAGCUUUCAAGGGAGAUAAUAUUAGUAAUGGUUUCCUUCAGAGAAGUCUCAGGCAAUUUCCAGUCAUGAAAAUUUGAUGCAGAUGGUUUUAUUAGCCACGGCCGAUGUUUCUGUAAAAUGCCAUUUUUAAAAAGCCAUAUGAGGAUGGGCAUAUAUUUGCAAGAAACUAAUUUGAAUCUAUUAUGCAUUCUGUUUUGAACAAUUGCAACAAUUUCACUUGAGUGAAAUUUUCCUCCUCAUACAGUAUAUGUAAAACGGUAAUGGUGAGCAAUACAGUUAACCAUAAAGCAGAAUGCACAAGUUGCAGUUGUGGUAUGGAAAACUAUGAGCCAUUCUCCCAUAUUUGUCUUCCUCUCAUGUUUAGUAGCCACACAUUUUAAAUCUAUAAUUUUCUAGCUGCAAGCAAAGGAAAAAUAUUAGCAACUGCAACCUUUUUCUAAUUUGAUGCUGUCAAUAAUAUAAAGGCUGCGAAAGUGUCUAAGGAAAGUGUCUGACUAGACUAAGAAUAAUUUGCAGUGAACUUUAAGUAGAACUUCCUGUGACUGUAAUGGCAUUUGCUUUGUAAAAAAAAUGACACCUUAAAGGUGUUUGUCAUAAAUGUGUUUCUACGUUCAUUAGCAAUAAGGAAACUGUAUUUUUGUUCAACAGCUAUUUUAAGACCGCACUUUCCUGUGACAUUCCUUUGCAUAUAUUUUAAUUGUGUACACCAUAAAGUAAAAUAAAAAGUAAAAUAAAAAUACCAGAUAAGCCCAUAUCAUUUUGGUUGAGUUGAAGGAGUGGACUUGAUCUUAAUCCAGUGGCCUUCCAUGCACAAAAGCCAGUUUCAGUUGCUUUAGAGAUCAGGCCAAAGAAUGAAGAUCUAUAGUAGAUCCCCACUUCGGGACUGGUCAGUUGUCCUCGAACCUGAAACUGAACAUGUUGAACGUGACUUAAUUUCACAGUCUGUGGCAUUAUGCCACCACUAUGCUAGCAAAAAGGGACGCGGGUGGCGCUGUGGGUUAAACCAGCCUAGGACUUGCUGAUCAGAAGGUCGGUGGUUCGAAUCCCCGCGACGGGGUGAGCUCCCGUUACUCGGUCCCUGCUCCUGCCAACCUAGCAGUUCAAAAGCACGUCAAAGUGCAAGUAGAUAAAUAGGUACAGCUCCGGUGGGAAGGUAAACAGUGUUUCCGUGCACUGCUCUGGUUCGCCAGAAGUGGCUUAGACAUGCUGGCCACAUGACCCGGAAACUGUACGCUGGCUCCCUCGGCCAAUAAAGCAAGAUGAGCGCUGCAACCUCAGAGUUGGCCACAACUGGACCUAAUGGUCAGGGGUCCCUUUACCUUUUAUGCUAGCAAAAUUUGGGUGCACAAUAGCAAGAAUGUGCUAGUAUAUUAGCAAAAACCGGUGCUGCUACAGACUACCUCAAUGUGGCUGAGGCAGGAUAGGGUGGUGGUGUCAGGAAUGAAUGUCUUCACAACUCAGCCUCGCCACUCUGGCUGCUAUUGUACAAGUGGCUUCUGCAGCUAAACUGAUGCAAGUCACUGAGUGCACCUUUAAAGCUGAAUACCUCUUUAGGAGCCACGGACCUCUUUGUGCUUAUAUAUGCUGCUUUCCCCCUCAAAAAAGAACAUAACGUUGUGUUCCGGUCUGAUGCUACAGAGAGUGGCAGAUGAGGCAAGGCAGGACAAGGCUGGGAGCGAGGCAAGACUGGAGGCAAGGCAGGAUGAGGCCUGAGGUAAGGCUAGGCCAGAAGCUGCAGGACCAUGGAUAGCUCCAAGUGAGCAACUUGUUCUGGCAAGGGUUGGGAGCAGAUUGAGGCCUUUGAAGCCUCUGCCUCCAGAUUUCACCCCUAAGGAAAAUUUCAGAGCCAGAAAGGGCCUGAAGAUGGGGCACCUUUGGUCUGUUUCAGAGCCUAGCAUGCUCAUGCUGGACUGGUGAAGUGCAGUGGGAGGUAUCUGGCUCCUCAGGAGAAAGGACCUGUGAGGACCUAGGUUCUGGCCUUGGUGGUCUGGGGCCUGCUCUGGGUGCAACUUUCUGCCGGCCUCAGUCGGAGUGGUCCCCUGAUCUCUGGUGGCCAGCUCAAAGCCGUGAACUGGGUUCGGCUCCUCAGCUGGUGCCUCAGCAGCCUCUAACUCUUGUCUCUGGGUUGCUUCUGGAUUCAGGUGGCAUAACACGUACUUUUCAAAUGAAUGGCAGUAACAAACCAAGCAUAGCAAGGGUUGUCUCUGUUGGAAGAAGCAUCUCAUUCCCACAAAAGGUGCGAUAUGGUAUCAGAGAAAUGGGAAGGCACAAAAAGUGCUACAACUAAAAUCUGAAGUGAUUCAUUGGUGAGAAGACCUUGGCUGACCAUGGAUUCAUUUAUGUAAGCAUAAAUCAGUGCACCUGACGCAUAGUUAACAUGGGACUUUUGUGAUGGCUAUGUUUGACUGCAGGACAGACUCACAGAGGUUCAGGAGCAGCCAGUACAAACCUGCAGUUGCUGAAUUCCUGACACUCAAGUUGCUACACUUGGGGGUAUACUGGUAUACUGUCGCCCCCCUCAAAAGAGACAAAUACCUUUAAAAUUAACAGGGAUAGUAAACCAAGUAUAGGCAUGCUAUCAGGUUUCAGUACAUUUGCAAAUGGAAAAAGAGAAAAAUGUGCUUAUUCACAAGAUUUGAACCUGAAAGGUUUAUAGGUCCUGUUUCCAAUCACUCAAUAUAUUUACAACUUCAGAUGAAAGCUGUAGAGAAGCUAGAAAGGUUUUAUUUUCAAGAGGUUUAUAUCUAAGUCUCCCGAGUUUUUAAAGGUUGUUAGUCAUGACUUUUGCUGCUGUCAGAUUUGUAAUUUGUUUAAACAUGGAUGUUGUAAGAAAUCAUCAAGACACACACGCUUUGAAUUUUGCAAAAUUUCCUAUUUCACUAAGACAAUAAUACACUGUUGACAUAUAGGGGGGGAAAUUAUUAGCAUGAGGAUUUUUUUUGUGGGGGAAGGUUGUUGUGUCUUUUGUACUACACAAAACUUUUCUGCAGUCCAAUGUGAUGAACUGCUUGAUUUCCAGAAUAAUCACAGUUCAUACAGCGAAUGCAUAUAUUAUGUUUGUUGGUGUCUCCCCCUCCCACGCAAGAUUCAUUAGUUAAAACAAUUAACAAUGAAGUUCCAAGGGAAACAAAAUUGAACAUACCGUAUAUUAUUCUAAGUGGAUCUAGAGACCAAAAAAUAUGUAGUGAAUGUUUGCGCCAGUCUCAUGCCUACAACAAUGUACACACGAGCAUAUUCCUUUGUAUGCUGAGAAUUAGCCCCCAUCACCAUGUGCAGAUAGAGAAAUCCUUGUGGACAUUGGUUACAAUCACUCCCCACACAUGAAUGGGUUCACUCCCUUCCUCAGUUUGUGCACACUGGUAUACUUAGGCAGCUCAAUGUGCCUUUUAUGGGAAAUGAGAGGUCUAUGCAUGGCCUUCCCCCUUCACUCAGUUAAUAGGUCAUAGACUUUCCAUUUCCCACAAGAGCCCAUUGUGGUAUUUGUAUGCGUACUUGUGCUUCUUGCACACUGAGUGGGAAAGGGGAGCCAAUGGGGACUCCCAGUGCACAGGUGCAGUGACCAUGUGGGGAAGGACCACAUCUCAUGUGUAUGCAUCUGAGCCCGUUCUCACAUGCGAACACUGAGCAUCUUUCUCUUUUCGUCUCUACCUCUCUCUCUUUUUCUUUUUUGAUUGUGAGUCUUUUCAAUUAAUACCGUUAAACGUUUAUUUGAAUGCUAUUGCUUGCACUGAUUCUCUAGGAGAAGCUGAACUACAAAUUCAUAUUACUAUGGCGCUACUGAGAUUUUUGCCUCUUUUUUAAAAAAAACUAAUAAAAACGGGGACAGUGAAAACAGCUGUUUUCCUUCGUUUGGGUGGCAUCAUCUAUUGCGUGUAUCAGAGAUAGGCUGUGGAUCAACUGGGUACCUGUGUAGAACAAAGAAAGAGGGCUCUAAAAUAUUUUCUUUAAUCCCCAAUGAAAGAUAUAUAUGAAAGCUAUAACAACAUGAAAGAAAAGAUGAAAAAUGUGAUUAUGAAAUCCCAAAACUUAAGAGCUUUCCUGUUCCAGAAGUUAACAGGAGAGAUGUGGGUGUGGGUGUUUUUUUGUAGCUUCAGGAGGGAGAGCACCCUGUGCACAGCUGUUAAAUCUAACUUAUAUGCCUUCUACAUCCCAACAAAGAUGAGAUGGGCAGUGACUGGGAGAGCAAGGCAGCAGAUGCCUCAGAUAGCAAAAAUGCCUCGCGGGUGAGUUACUAUUCCCAUAGAAUUUCAGCCCCAUCUGUUUGUUUUGCCAGUUCCGGGAAAGGAAACACUUACUGAUUGCUAGGCAACAAGCCAUCUCUGUCCUCAGCAUAAACUAUUUGAGAAAAAGCAGCGCACAGAAAAGGGUUUUGCAUGGUCCUUUCCAUUACCUUCUCAAUAUUAGGGAGCAAUAUUUCACAUUUUCAACAGGAUCAAGCGGAUCAUUUUUCUUCCUAGGCUUCUUCCUCUAUAGGAAUAAGGCUCGAAGAAUGGGUGCAAUAUCAGUCUUGAGAAAUUGUUCAGUGAUCAUAAUGAAACUUUUGGCUGAACCAAAGAAGCCUACAGUAAAUGUAACCUGAAGCAAUGAAUACCACAGAAGAUGUAAACAGAGGUCUAAAAAUAAUUUCUUAUGAGCUCUGAAUAUUAAUGCACUGAGUAAUCUGGGAGGUCCAGCGGUAACCAAUUUCACCCUCUUACAUCAAAAUGAACCUCACACUUUUCUUUUGAGAUCAGAUCUCAAAUAAGAGUGGGCAGCAGAUUGUUCCACAGUUUUCCCAACACCACUAGUAAAAAGUGCAGGUAGAGAACUAUCAAAAAGUUGCCUGCAGGAGCUUAUUUCCCCAGACAAUAUAAAGUCAUUAAUUACACUUUGUGGUAAUUUAAAAUAUCACUUUUCUGAAAGUGCAAAGUAUUCAGUUAGUCUCAGAGCCUUGCAGUAUAAUCUGUUAUAUUGCCUCCGAUUGAUAAAUUACACAUUUAUGGUAAUAUUUCUGAUUAGAAACAUUGAUACCAAACCACCUAAGUCAUAAAUGCUUGGUGCAGUUAACAGACAAUACACAAGGUUUAUAUAAAAGCUGCCCUCAAAACAUACUGUUCUUUCAUGAGUAAUUUGCACUGAAUAUUAACAAUGCAGAUAUAUAAUAGCCUUCAGUUCAACAGAAAAGCCACUACAGCUUUACAAUGAAUGGAAUCAAAACGAGAUCACCAACACACAGACCAGCAACUAUAGUGUGUGUACACACACACACACACACACACACACAAAAGUGUGAAGCAUAAAUAAGAGUCUAGGCAUACAAAUAAGGAUGGAAAACACAAAAAAGAAUGCUGCAGUUUUAUAGAAACCAGUCUCUUCUUUAUAGAAACGGUCUUUUGUCCUAGACAUCAUUCAAUUGGCAAAGUAUAAUCCUCUAAGAUGUUAUUGUUUUAACUUGCCCAGAAAUAAAAGAUGAAGGAACAAAGACAAAGUUCAGAACAUGCAGAUUGUUCACCCAUUUCUGAAUGGCAAGUUGGGCAAUCACACAUCCAAGCAUUCUCGCUGCAAUUUAAAAAAAAUCUUCUCUGACUGCUAAACAGGAGCACCCGAUUAAUUCAAAAUUCUGUAGAUGCACAAAUCAGAUAUCUUCUCCAUAUCAAUGGCCUUCUAGGAACCGUGGGACUGAGGUGAGUGAUUAUUUUGCAGAGAUCCUCGGACACACAGUCUUGCUUACGAUCUACAGAAAGCGAUAAGGGGUGUUUACUUCCCCCUUUUUUACGCUCUAAAAUAUGCAUGCAUCUGAGGGCAAGGAAGUGGGUUGGCAUCAGUGAGAGAGAUCAACCAAGGCAAAUGCAAUCAGGCUUAUGGCAAUAGGUGCACCCAGGUCAGUCCUGGAAGCUAAAUGUCCAUGGGCCAAAUCAAGCAAUGCUAAAUUAUUGUUAAUUUGUAGCAGAAAUGCACAUUUAUGUUUUAAAGAAAGGAAGAAGCUCAAGCAAAUUAUCUUUCCUCAACAUGGGUCCAAUGCUACUGCCAUACGAAUAAUAAAUUGCACAGUGGCAGGUAAUUAAAACAGGAAGAACUCAGACCCUAUAUAGUUUUAAAAAAUACAGAAGUGACAUAAACAUAUAGUCCUGCUUUCUGACAUGUCAGUGUUAGGAGAACUGAUGGGUAGGCACAAGAGAUAGGGUCUUUUUGGUGGUGGUUCGAAAGCUUUGCAAUGCUCUCCUUGUUUAGACUCAGUUCAUACAGGGUCACAGUGAAGCCUAUAUCUUUUUUGUGAAACUAGGCAAAACUUGCCUGCUUUCCCCUUAUUUUGCCGAGUUCUGUUGCUUUAAGCACUUUUUAUCCAGUAUACCUGAAGGAGCAUCUCCACCCCCAUUGUUCAGCCCAGACACUGAGGUCCAGCUCCGAGGGCCUUCUGGCAGUUCCCCCAUUGUGAGAAGUGAGGUUACAGGGAACCAGGCAGAGGGCCUUCUCGGCAGUGGCACCCUCCCUGUGGAACGCCCUCCCAUCAGAUGUCCAGGAAAUAAUAAAGUAUCUGACUUUUAGAAGACAUCUGAAGGCAGCCCUGUUUAGGGAAGUUUUUAAUGUUUGAUGUUUUAUGGUGUUUUUAAUAUUCUGUUGGGAGCUUCCCCGAGUGGCUGUGGAAACCCAGCCAGAUGGGUGGGGUAUAAAUAAUAAAUUACCAUCACCAUCAUCCAAGUCUGGUGCACCUUCAAUAUCAGACCUUGGUGACAUAAACUGCCUAAAGAAACGGAUUGCAGCAAAGGAAAGCGAGAUAAAGCAGACUUCUCUCCUUAGCCCUUUUUGUGUAAAUAUGACCACCAACCCCAUUUUAUAUAUGAACUGGCAAUUGGCCAAGAACCUUCCAAAUAACUAAGGGCAACCCUUAUCCACUCACUUCCUUCUCUACCUUCCCUGGGAGCAAGAAAAAUCUUCCAUAACUGAGCCUCACUUCUUUCUUCCCCGGACUUGCCCUGCUUCUUCCCUUUCGAAGUACAUCAUGAAAGUCAGGAUUACUUGCCUGCCUCUUCCCUGAUUCACCAGCAAUGGUGAUCUCUCUUCUCCUUCCUCUUAUCUGCAUACAGUAUAUAGGUGCUUGUACAGACAUUCAUAUCAAUCUAGUGAUUUCUGGCACGGUUGCCAGAACUACGCUACACCCCAUUAACAACCGUAGUAGAUAUGGCUCCAUGAGUAUCAUCGCCUCUCAAAUGGUUAGGGAAACUGCAUCAGUGGCGAUGUGCAGAAUGCAAUGCUCAGAUGCCUUGCAAUGCACACAAAACCUCAGAACAAGCAUGGAUUACUACAUAAUGUAUACUCUGUGUAUACCAGUGAUUCCCAAAGUGGGUGGUAUCAUCCUCUUGGUACCUAAGGAGGUGCUAAGUGGCAUGGAGUAUUCAAAUUAGAAGGUCAGAGGAGCAAUAAAGACAUACCUCCAGAAAUGUUCACUUUAAGCAUGCCACUCCCAUAUAUAAAUGAAUGUUCUGGAACCUUCUAACUGUUUCUGUCAGAAUGAUUCCCUAACAUGGAGGUUUUCAGACUUCGAAAAGAUGGCAUCACUGGAUAAACUUCAUCAAUUUUGUUGAAUUAGUUUAGCUAAAUAGUUUUAAUUGGAUUUUGAAUAAUUGUGCAAUUAAUUGUUCCUGUCUUGAAUUAUAACUGUGUUAUUAGACUCCUUAGUUGGUUGUGCAAACCACUAUUCUGAAUAAUGCUUUUUAUGGAGUAGAGGGGCACUGGGGGGUGAGUUUAUGGAACCGAGGGGGUGGUCGUGGCUCCCAAAUGUUUGGGAACCACUGGUGUGCAUAGUGUCACUGAACAGGUGAAUGGCGCACUGGGGGGAAAGAGGUCACAUGGAGCUCUACGUACUACAGCUUGUAUUGCAGAACCUCAACUUGGGGGGGGCGGAAAUACAGAAAAGCUCUUAUGAAAUAAAUUCAAGUACCUGACAUGCUGCUGGGAAUCAGCAAAAGGUAGUCAUCCUCAUUUCUCUUUUUCACCAGUUAUCACCUGUCAAGGAUUUAAAAAGACAACAAUUUCAACAAGUGUAGCAAACAGAACAACCAGCUGUUUUCAUUUUUUUAAUGUUUUGAUGUGAUUGUUUUAUUCAUAUUAUAGUAAAGGGUUUCUUUCUUUCUUUUUCUUUUUACACUUUGCAAACUGCUUAGAAGCUUAUUUUGGCAUGAAGUAGCAUUAACAACAACAACCUGUUUGCCACACGUUCCUUAUACAGUGAUACCUCGGGUUACAGACGCUUCAGGUUACAGACUCCACUAACCCAGAAAUAGUACCUCGGGUUAAGAACUUUGCUUCAGGAUGAGAACAGAAAUCAUGCGGUAGCGGCGCAGCGGCAGCAGGAGGCCCCUUUAGCUAAAGUGGUACCUCAGGUUAAGAACAGUUUCAGGUUAAGAACGAACCUCCAGAACGAAUUAAGCUCUUAACCCGAGGUACCACUGUAUAUUUAUUAAAUAUUUAUCUUAAACCUGUCUUUCAGCCCCCAGCUCCUCAAAAUGGCUAACAAUUAAUGGUUAGAUUAUUACAACAAAAGAAACACAACUCAAUACCGGACCACUAAGUACCAAUGGAAACUGGUCCAUUAGAAUGAAUGGGAUGCUUAGUCUUCACUCAGCCAGCCCCCACUUGCCUGCCUUCUUACGUGCAACCAGAAUAGGACAUAGCAGUGCCUGUCACUCUCCUCCUCCUUAGUCUCUGCAUUGCAUACCCUCCAAAAUUCCUCAGGUGAAAAUAGGGACAUUUCUCACUCCCCACAACUGACCCUCCUCACCCCCCCCAUUUUUGGUGUGUCCCCCCCCCCACUGCAGUACAUUUCCUUCACCACUUGUAGCAAUCACACAGGGUCCCCGGAUGUUUCACUGUCUAUUGAUCCCUGUGCUACCACUUUAUUUCUUGCUGCCACCACCCAGGUCCUACCUGGUACAAUACUGAGUCCAGUCAGGGUUAAAUUGGAACAUAAACUUCUGUUUAUUAAUUGCAGUUUAACAAGCGUGUGGUUUCAUAAAUGGUAUUGGUCCGUUACACUCAUGGGUUGCCUAUCCAGACCUAUAACUUCCGCUACCUGCUCUCCCUCAUUAAACCAUCUCUCACAUUUACUUGUCUUCCUAGUUCCUAACUGUUCCUGACUCAGCUUAUUUCGCUACACUAACUCAACCAACCCACAGACUCUAUCCCAAUUCACUCCCACUCCAACCAACCACCCAACUCCCAACGAACUCUUCCCAGAGCUGGUUUUAUAGUCCCUCUGACUCCACCCCCUGGGUUCUGAUUGGGUAACCUGUUUAACUAUUUCACCUCCAGCACUCUCAUAUGUUAACGUUACACCACUACACCAACGGGAUACAGAACACAUACUUUCCGCCCUCCUAAGCAGUGCUUUUUUUCUGGGGGUACGCAUACCCCUAAACAUUUUGUGAAUCUAAGUUUGGCCUCAUUGAGGGGCAGUAUUUCAAUAUGAGUGGGGAAAUGAGAGUACCCCUAAACAUUUUUUUUUAAGAAAAAAAGGACUGGUCCUAUGGAAACCCCUUAAUCCUGGUUUUUAUUUUAUUUUCUUCUUUGGUAAAAUAAAACCCUGAGGGGGUUUGCAUGCCUUGGGUGGAAGGAGAGUUUUUGUGCAGACAUAGGAGACAGAAAUUCAGCGUCAGAGAGCAGCAGAAAGAGUAAUAGAUUGCUUUGAAGUCAUUUAUGCACCUGGUAAAGUAAUUUUUAGUCCCCAAUUCCCCCCCAACCCAUCCCAUAUUUUGCCUGACCUGUCCUUUAUUUUGCCUGACCAAAGGUGGCAAGCUUAGCUCACAUCCAGUCUAAAAUGGUCAAGUUCAGGCCCCAGACCAGAACUGCCACCUCCUCCCUGGGAUAGAUGGACGAAGAGAGUUUGGUAUCACAGGCAUACCAAUAACACUUCUGUCUGCAUUCCCAGUUGACCUGGCACAGCCUUGUCAUGUCCCUGCAUUUCCUUUGCUAACAUAGCUUUCCUCCCUCAAAAAGUAAGUGACAAGCUCCACUACCUGAAACAUGGCCCAUAAAUUUAAUAUAAAAUGAGACAUGUUCGUUCCUUAUUGGCACCUAGCACUCUAAAAAUACACUUUUUGCAGCUGCAAACCAUAGAACAAACCUUGGUUACAACUCAUGGUUUGUCUGGAGAGAACUAAACCACAAGCCCUGGUCUGAAUGACACUUGAAGCCAAAACAUGGCUUAGCACAGCACAGCAGUAGAACAACCAGGGAGGGCCUUCUCCGUGGCUGCUCUCAGACUUUGGGACUCCCUCCCUAUAGAAGUUCGACUGGCUCCCUCCUUGUUGUUCUGCCAACAGGUGAAUACUUGGUUCAACAGGCUGCUUCUAAUGAAAGGGCUAGUAUCGUGCUGUUUUUAUUUCAAUCAUUUGUAUGUUUUUAAUAGCUUUUAUCAAAGGGACGCGGGUGGCGCUGUGGGUUAAACCACAGAGCCUAGGGCUUGCUGAUCAGAAGGUCAGUGGUUCGAAUCAACGCGAUGAGGUGAGCUCCCGUUGCUAAGCCCCUGCUCCUGCCAACCUCGCAUUUCGAAAGCAUGUCAAAGUGCAAGUAGAUAAAUAGGUACCGCUCCAGCGGGAAGGUAAACAGCGUUUCCAUGCGCUGCUCUGGUUCGCCAGAAGCGGCUUAGUCAUGCUGGCCACAUGACCCGGAAGCUGUAUGCCACCUCCCUCGGCCAGUAAAGCGAGAUGAGCGCCGCAACCCCAGAGUCGGCCACGACUGGACCUAAUGGUCAGGGGUCCCUUUACCUUUACUUUAAUAGCUUUUAUACAGAUAUAGUUUUAAUUCUAUCAGUGUUUAAUUGCUUUUAAUGACUGUUUUUUCCCUAUGUUUUUAGCUGUGUCAGGGAAAAGGAAGGGUAUAAAUAAAUAUUAUAUCCUCUCUGGUAACCUUCACAUUUGCUUGUUUACCCUACCAGGCAUGGCCAAACUUGGCCCUCCAGAUGUUUUGGGACUACAACUCCCAUCAUCCCUAGAUAACAGGACCAGUGGUCAGGGAUGGUGGGAACUGUAGUCCCAAAACACCUGGAGGGCCGGGUUUGGUCAUGCCUGCUAAGCCACGGUUUGGCUUAGUGUUACAUGUAAACCAGGCCAGUACCUCUAAAUUGAGAUACAUUUGUGAUGCCCACAGCUGAUGAAAACUUGUAUCACAUCACCAUUGCCAUCAUCUUGGAAGUUGGCAAGGGGGUUAUACUGUGUUUUACAGUUUUUGCUAGUGGUAGCCCUGUCAAUCUCAUUUUUAGGAUGCUGUUCAGACUCUCCUGAAAUGAAAGACAUACUGUGUCUUUGUUACAGCAAUCAUGAUGAAAUUUGCUUUCAAAAAAAACGAUGUCUAGCUACUUCCUUUACAAGCUUUUGCUAAUAAUCACAACCCUUUAAUGUCUCAUAUGCUUUCCCUGAAGGCUGGAGAGAAGAUCUGAAAUGCUGUUGCUCCUAGUUUAUUUCAUUAUUAGUUUAAGGUACUUAUUUCUUAUAUCCUGCUCUACGUUUAAGGAACAGCUGUUUGGGGAAAACUUUAUUUUGAGUGGAUUCGUAUAAUGCAUCACAAUGCAAUAAAAUUCAUUAUUUGUGUGUUUUAAUGCACACCACUUGGGCUUCCUUUAAAGUAUAGCAUUGACCUAUUAAUAUAAUGAAUAAAAAAUAAAUUCCCACGAAGAAGCCCAGCAAAUGAAACAGGACAUUCUUUCUACUUAGAUUAUUUCCAGUGAGGAAUCCCUCCAUGACAUUUAUGAGGGAUAUUAUCCUCUAGCUCCCCCCUGUGGGUAUCUGAUAUUAUUCUUUUGGAAGACAUCCUGUUCAUACGUAGCCUGAAUUUAGCAUGUAAACAAUAUAUAAGGAAGGUAGCGUUCCAUUCGGAAUGGGGCCCCUGUUAGCAGAAGCUUUGAUAACACUUAGCAACCAAACCAAAGACUUAUUUUGCUAUCUCUUUCCGCCCGGAAAACUCAAUGUGUUGUUACAAGGUGCUAUACCAUACCAGUUCCUUAAUAUAAAUCAGUUUACCUUAGGGUUUGCAUGGCAUUCUGCCAUUUAACGCUGAACAUUAAAAAUCAGACCUUCUCAAAAUGGGGUAGAGAUGGACUGGUGAGAAACGGUUAAUUCACUUGAAAUCUGAAAUUAUUUUUAAUACGGAAAAGAGCAUAUCAAGGCCAGGCAAUGGAGGCUAUGCAGUACUUCCUACAAAUAGACUCUGAACGGAAGAGCGAGACUAUUCAGUGCAAUUGGUAAAUGAACAUUACUCAUCCACCCACACUGGAAUUAUGUAGAUCAAUGGUAAAAGUAUGUUUACUCUGAAAUCGGAAAGGUUUGUUUCCCAACAAGAGUAACACAUUAAGGAGUAUGUCACUACUGCUAAUUUGUCUAUUAAGACAUCGUUCUGACAAGACAUUCCAUGUUUUGUUAUCCAUAUGGGUAACCCCAGUUUCUGAAUGCGCAAUACCAAUAAUGAAGAGCAGUGAAAAAGAGUUUAAGAAAUGCAAUAUGUUCUCCAUUUACAAUCAUUCUGGAACACAGAGAUUCUAUUUAGCUUAUUUUCCACUGGUCCAACUUUCCCCCCUCUUUUUACUCAGAGACUUGCAGCAGUGCUCUAAAUAAUUUAUCUCAUGAAUGAGGCACAGUUUCUCCCAUUCCACGUGAAAGUGGAAAUUUUCUUUAAAAUUUUAGUGAUAGCAGACGGAAUUUUCUUCACCGCCCUUUCAUAGCAAAAGACAAGUCUGACGUUAAACUUUCCUUGUUUUUGCUGAAUCAAUUCAGGACACAUUAGCUCUCGUUUAAAUUUCAAUAAGGGACAGUUUAUCUUCUGUGUUAAUUUUCAUUACCGUUCUUUGUGCAGUCAAGAAAUGAUAAGUGGUUUUCUGUCACCAUUUCCAGGGCAUCGUGAAUUACUCACUAGCUCUGGAAAAAGACUAAUAAAAAGUCAACUCGCAAAAUAACAAUUUUUAGGCAACUUUAUUAGAAGACACAUGAAUCAUAAUCUUUAACUGGCAGUCUCACCUUUAAAAAAACACAUCUCCAAAAAGUGCUUACAUGAUUUUUUUAAGACAAAGGCAACUUUUUCUAUUGUACAUUGACCAUCACUCUACUGAAGGAGUGACAUGCACCCUCUGAUAAAAGUUCAUACUACUAAAUGACAUUUUAUAUUUCUUUUCCCACUUUUAUUGAUGUUUCAGUGGUUCAGGAUUUGUACAUGCUCAAGCUUUUCUUACCCAAAUCAUUAAACAGAUGAUGAUUUGGGGGAGGAAAGCCAUUCUUGGCUGCUGGAAAGGUAUACCAAGUCUUAAGGAAUUAAUUAGGGUUGCCAUACGUCCAGGAUUACCCAGAUAUAUCCGGUAUACUGGAGUCGGCAGCAGCGUACACAUGGAAUGGACAAAUGUCCAGGAAAAUCCAUACCUAUGGCGGCACAUGGAGGCAGUGCCGUUUUUGCUGUUUUUCCAUAGAAAUAGCUCAAAGAAAGCUCAACAACUUUGGGCAGAACUAAAAAUAUAUUUAAAGCACAUGUUGCUGUUGUUGUUUAGUCUUUUAGUCGUCUCCGACUCUUCGUGACCCCAUGGACCAGAGCACGCCAGGCACUCCUGUCUUCCAGUGCCUCCUGCAGUUUGGUCAAGCUCAUGUUAGUAACUUUGAGAACACUGUCCAACCAUCUCGUCCUCUGUCGUCCCCUUCUCCUUGCGCCCUCCAUCUUUCCCAACAUCAGGGUCUUUUCCAGGGAGGCUUCUCUUCUCAUGAGGUGGCCAAAGUAUUGGAGUCUCAGCUUCACGAUCUGUCCUUCCAAGUGAGCACUCAGGGCUGAUUUCCUUCAGAAUGGAUAGGUUUGAUCUUCUUGCAGUCCAUGGGACUCUCAAGAGUCUCCUCCAGCACCAUAAUUCAAAAGCAUCAAAUCUUCGGCAAUCAGCCUUCUUUAUGGUCCAGCUCUCACUUCCAUAAAGAAGGCUGAUACAUUCCCCCAAAGAAUGCUGGGAACUUUAGCAGUGUGAGGGGUAAACUACAGUUCCCAUGAUUCUUGGGGGUGGGGGAAUCAUUUGCUUUAAAUGUGCUUUAUAUACAGUGGUACCUUGGGUUACAAACGUGUCAGGUUACAGACUUCGCUAACCUGGAAGUAGUACCUCGGGUUAAGAACUUUGCUUCAGGAUGAGAACAGGAAUCACGUGGCGGCAGCGGGAGGCCCCAUUAGCUAAAGUGGUGCUUCAGGUUAAGAAAGGUUUCAGGUUAAGAACGGACCCCCGGAACGAAUUAAGUUCUUAACCAGAGGUACCACUGUAUACCUAUGGUGGGCAUGCAACGAGUUCUGAUGGUGAUACUUUGGGCCUAGUCAGAUGUUUUCGUAAAAUUCAAUCGACGAACUAACAGCGGGGGAAAGUCUCCAGGUCACAUGCAUCCCUUCUGUGACUGUACACAGAGUUUAAAGAUCAUGUCAGAGUGCAUAGCUUUUCCCUGCACAUUUGAGUUUUCCAAUGUUUUGCGAGUAGUAUCCUUGCUGCUGUUGUUGCAUACAUAAAAAUGUCUGGUCCUUCUUUGCCACCCCUUGGCUGACAAUACCCAAAAGGAAAGCCUCUGGUUUCUUAGUGAAAGUAUAUUUAAAUACCUUUUUCAAUUCAUUAUAAAUCAUUUCCCAGAACGCCUUCACUUUAGGGCAGGUCCACCAGAGGUGAAAGAACGUUCCUUCACACUCUUUACAUUUCCAGCACUUGUUAUCAGACAGGUGGUAAAUUUUUGCGAGUUUGACUGGGGUCAUAUACCAUCUAUAAAUCAUUUUCAUUACAUUUUCUUUCAAAGCAUUACAUGCAGUAAAUUUCAAUCCAUUACUCCACAGCCUUUCCCAGUCCUCAAACAUAAUAUUAUGCCCAAUAUCCUGUGCCCACCUUAUCAUAGCCGAUUUAACCAUUUCAUCUUGUGUAUUCCAUUCCAACAGCAAGUUAUACAUCCUUGAAAGUAUCUUAGUCUUUGGUUCUAACAAUUCUGUUUCUAAUUUCGAUUUCUCCACCUGGAACCCUAGUUUCUUAUCAUUUUUAAAAACUUCUUUAAUCUGAGCAUAAUGUAACCAAUCUCGCACUUUGUCUUUCAUUUUCUCCAAACUCUGCAGUUUCCAAUUGUCUCCGUCUUUUUCUAGUAUUUCCCAAUAUUUUGGCCAUUUGGCCUCCAUAUUGGGUCUUUUUCGGGCCUUAGCUUCCAAAGGUGAAAGCCACCUUGGUGUUUUAUUUUCCAGCAAGUCUUUAUAUUUUGUCCAGACAUUAAACAGUGAUUUUCUGACAAUAUGGUUCUUAAAGGCCUUAUUUGCUUUAACUUUGUCAUACCAUAAAUAUGCAUGCCAUCCAAAAACAUUGUUAAACCCUUCCAAAUCUAACACAUCAGUGUCCUCAAGAAGUAGCCAAUCUUUUAGCCAGCAGAACGCUGCGGCAUCGUAAUACAACUUUAAGUCCGGCAGGGCAAAGCCCCUCUUUGUUUUGCAUCACAAGCUGCCUGCAUUUCAUCUCCCUGACACUUUCCGAAGGUUGAACGGAAAAAGACAGAUUUUGGGAUAGAGGGAAAUCAGAACACAGAAGUCCUGUUUACACAAUGUGAACCAUGCAUCCAGAAUAUGUGGAGGGAAGAGCAAGACCAACCCUACUUUCUCUGUUCUGGUUCUCCACACACCUUCAUCCAUACUGUUGGAUGUAGUGGGAUAUGGCAAGAGGGAGGGAAGAGAGAAUGGGCACAUGCCUACCACUGUUGCUGUUUAGUCAUUUAGUCGUGCGCUACUAUAUUGAAAUUCUCAAUGUGGAUACCUGACUUUUGCCCCCCAGCCAGCCUAAUCACAGCUCCAGAGGGAGAGGUGAUUUUAAUCAGGAAAACAGCAGAAGGAAAAAGUUAAAACUUGUCCUCCAUCACCACUUCCAGGGUCAAAAUUAGCAGCAACCCUCCCCCAUCAGUUGCUUUGAAGUUCAUAAAAAUACCCCAGGAGGUCCAUUCACAGAUUGUCCUUCAGUCUCCUGUUGAAAUUACUGAAAUGCACAAGCAGUUGAAAAGAAUGGUUUCAUUUUUUAUAUAUGAAAAAAAUACAUUCUCAGCCAGAUCUUUACAAGAUCUUUCAUCUAAGUAAUUUAAAAAGUUUUCCAACAUGGUUUUUCAGAAUACUCAAUCAUUCAAAAGAGCAAGAGAGAAACAAAUUCUGUAUCUACAUAUCAUUUUAUUUAUUUUUAGCCCUCACAGAAAAACACAAACAGCAGACCCGCCCCCGCGCCCCCAGCUAUCCCUAUUUUCCAGGCACAGUGCUGGAUUUACAAAAGCCAGCCUGGUUUCAGAUUUGAUCCUGGAAUGUCCUGCUUUUCCUUAGAACGUUCCUAAUUUCACUGGCGAACUGUUGGAAGGUAUGGAGUUAUGUGACCCACAAGCAAGGAGAUAAGCAACUACACAACCUUUAGAAGACAUCUAAGGAAGGGGAAAAUGUUUUAGACUAUUGUUCUCCAGUAAGUAGGGAAAGAUCUGCCACUGGGAUUUGGCCUCCCCUAAGGUAGGUCACAUCAGUGACCCUGCCACAUAACAUAUAUACGGGGGGGGGGGGAUAAUAAUAAGUGGGUUCCAUACAUCCACCAUGUGCAUACAUGCCAAAAUAUUAAUGAGGGAAAAUUCACCGUCAUAACAACAAUUUGAAAAGUCUACUUUCAGUCAAGCUUCUGCUUCUAAACUUCUACGGUAUAAAGUUCUCUGUGCUUAAAAGUUAUGCACAAUUAGGCUAGAAUCCCUGAAGUCUACCUUAUGGGUGAAUGAGCACAAAGUACUGCAAACUGGUGUCAUUUAUACUCUAUGGAGCUGGAAGAAGAUCUAAGAUGCUUUUGGCCUACUUAUGGAAGGCCCAGUGGGAACAAUCUGAAGUUGCCUCCUCUGCUGCUUGUUUCUUAUGUUUUUCUUCUUAGAAAUGCAAUUUUUACUGACUUGGUUUCAAUAACACCUAUCAAAAGCUCUUCAUGUUUGCAUUAUUUGAUUUGGUCCUCAUCUGGGGAACCAACCCACAUAAAGCAUGUGAAAAUUAUGUUUAAAAAUGCCCUCACUUAAUGUGCAGCAUCAAAAACAUAUUCUGAGGAUUAUUUGAACUCUUCCGUGUGUGUAUUGAAAACUUUGUAAAGUGAAAGAGAUGGAUUGGACAAUUUUCACAUAGGCAAAGGUCAUAUGGUUGAUGUAAUCUAUUAGAAUAGUGAAUCAGCUAUGUAAUCUUUGUCUAUUUCCUCAGGUGACAGUCACAUGUCUUCUGCAUGUCUUCUGCACCCGGUGAAGUUUUUGUUUGGAGAAAAGGCAAGUAAGAUGGCAAGUGAGAGAGGUCUACAAGAUUGGGCAUGGCACAUAGAAAGUAAAUAGGAG